CCGUGGACAUGUUUAGACGGGUAUUUUAGCGUCUGUUUGGCAGAUAAUAUGAAUUUACUUAAAUCUGCUGCCGAGUUAUGAAGUGUGUAGUCUCGCUUCAGCGCUAAAGAGGAAAAAUGACUUAAAGAUGAAUUUAAACUCAACCUGAAGCUCAAGAGUGUCCAAAGAGGGGGGCUACAUCCGUGUGGACAGCUGCUGCAUGGUAGGCUCAUUUCUGUUUUCUCUGCUUUGUUUAUGUCCACACUCUUAUUCCCUUUGCAGUUUAAGCUUAUACGAAAUUCAACACAUUUUAUUCAAAGGUGCAUUCAGUGGUAUGAGCCACACGCCAAAGUAAUUCUGCAAAAUAGGAAGCAAAAACACUCAUAGAUACUUACAUGAGGGACGCUUAAUUUGUACCAUCUCUCUCCUGUUAUGCGCAAAUCUCUGGUGAACAUUUCUGAACAAGUGUAAAGGUUGUCAAUAAGUAUUUGGUGUUUUUUCAUCCAUUUAUCUGGCUGCUAACAGCAUGUUUACAACAUACAAACAAAUCCCCACGAGAUGGCGCUGUUAGGCUGAAGUAUGUAAGAAUCAGAGCCAGAACCAGAAUCAGAAAAAGUUUUAUAAUCCUCAGGGGGAAAUUGCUUUUUGUCACAGAAACUCCAGUGCAAAUAAAUUUUAAUAAAUAAAGUAGAAAGAGGAGUGUGAUUAUAAGAGAUAAUAUACAAGUAUGUACACUGUAUACAACACUAAAUAGUAAAAUAGUAUUCAUGUAAAUGGUAAGCAGAGUCCAGGUAAAGACUACUGACUAAGGCUGUCAGAGUCUCAAGCACUGCUAGUUUCACAGCAGCUCCAAACCUCAGUGCAGUUACACUUCACAAGUAUGGGAACUAAAUUCACUAACCCCCCUAGGAUUGAAUGCAGAGUGCCUGCACCAAAUGUUCGAAGUAUAUUCUAGUUUAAGAGUUAAUUAUUGUUUUGUGAUGCUGUCUAUGGUCUCUGCAUGUGCUUCAGUCUUUAACAAGCUGACAGCAGGUGGAGUUUUCAGCUUUAUCACACAUACUGCUGUUUGUUUCACACAUGGAAGUCAACUGCUUCUAUUUAUCCACACAAACCUGUGAUUACAAACUGUGUCAGCUCACUCCUUUGGUGAAUCAUGGGAUCAUCCCAUUGCUGUGAUUCAUAUCAUGCCAGACUUACAUGACAUGUCUAAAAAAAGCGUAGGGACUGUUCUCUGGGCUGUAGUGGGAGGGCCUCAUCCAACCAGCUAAACAAGAGCUUUUCACUUCUGCUUCUGUGGGGAAGCUAGGAGGCACAUGACCUGAGCCAGCUGAUGUGAGUCGCUCGACUUGUUCAAAGUUCAGUCUUACUUGGUGCAGAUUAGUAAGGGGCGGGCGGCUGUACUGAAGGGUCUGCUCUGUAGCCGCUUGUCAUGUCUUAGCAGGCCUGUGCUUGUCUUCCAGCCUGACAUGGGACAGACCACGCUCUUGGUUUGGAUAAAACAGCGCAGAUGACAGCGUCCACCUGGAGCCCGGAAACUCCCAGAUGGCUCUGACACAAGGACAGGUGAGGAACACACCUUCAUCGUGUUUUACGCAGGUACACUGACUACAGCAGAUGUAUCCCUGUACCCAUUAUCAUGUUUGCAGUUUUCACUUUGACGUGUUAAACCAGCUAGAGACGUGUGUUCCUUUUCUAUUCAAAACAGAAAGCACUCACUGUAAAUUCUUGUGUGUGGUGUGUGUCUGUCACACACACUCAUUGCACACAGAACAGUCUCACAUGAGGAAACUUCAAAGUAUUAUUGAAUUUCUAAGGAAUGUGAACUAUCUUUACCUUUACAUACCUCAAUAACUGAUUCUAUUAGCUUUGGCUUAUCAGUGAAGCAGUCUGUCUCUGCGGAUGUCUGUCUAUAUUCAGCAGGACUGAGUGUCUCUGAAUAGAGAGUACCAAAAUAAAAUGAUUGUAAUGAGGAAACAGUGCCUGAGUUAAGCCUCAAUCAUACGGUAACCAAUCUAAAUGUUGUGUCAAACAAGUGUUGAACUUCUUAUUGACAGCCGGCCUUAAGUUUUUGGUCUUUAGAGGAAUUAUUUCAGAUGAUUAGAACUAAAAUCCCUCAGUUUGAAUGCUGUAGUCCCACUUUUUUCUUUCGACAAGAACAAAAGGCUUAUUUAUUUUUAUUUGUUAAGUAACAGGACUAUUAACAUUUUUGUCAAAACACAUCAAAACUUACGUACAAUUAUAAUUUAUGGUUAGAUUUUGUUUUUCAAAGAUUGUUAAGUCACUCAUAUGAAACAAAAAGUUAUUUUCUAGCAUUUAAGAUGUAAAGUAGAUAAUACAAUUAAAACUACUUAAUUCUAAGAUGUCUUUAAAAUACAGAUACAAAGGGACUAACAAGAGCAUGUCAGAAACAGAACAAAGAAAAAGUGACUGAUGACACAGAAGAACAAUUUUAAAAUUGACUGAAUUGGACAGGAUAGAAAAAGAAAACAGUGAUGAAAAAAAAAGUUAAAUAAAAGAAGUUUUUUCAAAGUUUUCCUUUAGCAGGUUAUCUUUCCAGGUGACAGUGAUAACAAAUACCCUGUUGAUACAAUCACUCCCUAAACCUGCAACCUACACAGACCAUGACUCCAUUUGGGUUUCCCCACAGGGCUCAUCACAUCUAGUGUCCUCCUCCCAAACCUCUCAGUGUGGGAGGGAGUCAUUAGACCUUAACACAUCUUACUGAGCGUGUGUAACGCUGUCUAUUGAAAACAGACUUAAACUGCUGUUAUCGAGAUUUAAGUCAUACAACCAUACAGAAAUAAAAAUCUGAAUGUUUUAGGUACGAUCUUGAUCUAUUGACUGUUUUCUAAUAUUAAAAAGAGCGGACAUGUUUGUUGUUCUCAUAUUGUGGAGUGAUUCGGGGGUCUGCUGAAAGGUCACUAUUGUGAAUUACUUAUUUGUGUGAUAUGUAACCAUGAUUACUUCCUUCCAUGAGGGAAGUCCCCACUUCCAUGGGUGUGAGAGGAAUUUGUGUGAAAGCUCACAGCUGUAUCUGAUCCCUCCAUGUUGAUGAAGGGUGUUUCAUUCAGCAUCCAAACAGAGCUCACCCCAAAAGAUGAGACGGGAUGAGUUAAGAAAGGCUCCAGAUUUAGAAGCUCUGAGUAGAACCAGAGGAUCUGAGGCCUCACUUGGGUUCAUAAGACAAAAACAAUCAGUGUUAGACCAAUGAUCAAUUAUUUAGGUCACAGGUAGUUGAGUAAAGCUGAAACAGACAAUAACUGAGACAUUGUUUUUUAGCGAGGGAAACAAAUAGAUAUCUGUGUCGGCCAUGACUCUGGAGUGGAGACUGUAAAGCAUGAGAUGAUUUUAGAUCCUGGGGUUUGAACUCUGUGGUUUUACACGCCUACAGAUAGUAAAGAUUGGGCGUCAUUUACACCGUACAGAUCCAGGACUGUGGUUGGACAGCAUGUUAGUCAGGCUGACACAUGACUGCUGGGCAUCUGUUACUCUUUCUGCUCAUUUGGUAAUGCAGACAGUGUGCUUUUGGGAUUUUGGGAUCUGAGGACCGUAGACACAACAUGAUGAAAGAAUAAUUCAGACAUUCUUAGUUUUUGUCAUCUUAAAAAGAUUGAGCGUUUGGAGGAUUUCUCACUGUUAUCCCUUCAUUGUUCCCCCUCCAGCAACAGACUGCUAAAAAGGAAAGGAUCAAUAAGGAAACCGGGGAGCUGAGUGCUUCAGGGGAGUUAUCUGUCUCUGUGGAGUUAAACCUGGACAAAGUGGAGGGCUCCUGUGGGAACCCCAAACUCUCACAAGAGCUCAGAGAACAACUGCAGGAGCUGGGGAUUCACCCAUGUGAGGGUCCGGAUCACAGACAGGACCAUGUGCCUUCAGAGCUGAGAGAGGAGCGUCUCAUCAAAGUCCUCCCUCUUUACAUACAGGUAUGGAUAAACCAGACAACAACUUUAGGCCUAAGUCAGAUGUUUGGCCCUCAGGUAGUUAUAUCGCUGUCUCUUGAAUGAGUACGUACUGUUUGUAGUCUCUUAUUAAAACCAAACUGUUUUACAUCAGACCCACAGCUUCCAGCUUUGGUUCUUAAGAGGAAUUCAUAAUUCUUGGUGCCUGAACUGUGUCACAUUCUCAGAGAAACUGCCCUACUUUUAUUGCUCUGCAUGCACACACAUACUGCGCAAAUACCAUCACCGAUCUGCAUACUUGUGCGAGUAACGCUGUUGAUCAGGCUUACAGCUGUAGAUGCGAUCACUCUGUGGUUUGUGUGCUGUUCUGUGUGUGUGUGUAUGUGUGAGUGGAAGCCUAUGUAAGCCUCAUGACCAGAGAUUUGACCAGAAUGCAGGGCCUCACUUAAGAACAGCAAACGCAGUGAAAUUGGAUAUCCUCUUACGGACCUUAAAUGAGCAUAGUAUGCAGAAGUACACACUUGCUUCUAUUAUUUAUAGUGGAGUGCAUUAACGGUUACGAUUUUUCACUUUAUAAUGGUGUUUUACGCCAACAGUUUCCAUGACAACACUUAUAUCAGGGUCUGUUUUGAUAUGAGAUGAUGCUCUCAGAUCCUCUCAAGUGUUUUUAUCCUCAUUUUCGUACAUAUUUCUCUCUUUCCUGGUCCCCAGAUCUGUGAGGAGGGAGGCAGACUCGAAGGUUUGAACCUGAAGGGGCUCGCAGCUGUGACGGCUGACACUGUCAUCCAGCACAUCCACAGCAGAUUAGCAGAAAAGCCUGCAGGUACUUUCACCUUCUCAUACAAACGCUUGUGGUGCAUUUUUUUUCUCAGGCAGAGGGACUUUCUACCUCUUCUGUCUACUUCUGCUUUGUUCCUGCCCAACAGGUAUAUCACUCAUAGAUAGAUAUCACUUAAAAAUUCACAAUAGUGUGUACAAGGAAGUGAUCUCUGGUAUUAUAAAACAGUCUGUUGUAGUUCUGAGAGUUUUUCUCUCUACCUUUCCCCUCGUCUUUCUUCCUUCUUCUGUCUGCAACUGGUUCUGUCACUUUCUGGAUGUUAGUGAAUUGAACUUGUGUUUUCAGUUGUACCUCUUUUUAAUUAGCCGCUCAUUUGUUGUAUGUAGCUUUAUUACAAUAACCCAAUAAAGGUAGGACUUUUCUUACACAGUUUAUCAUGAUUUGUUUUCUGCUAAUUUUUGAUGCAAGUAUUAAAAUGUUUUUCAGGACCUCUUGCAUGUCACUGAACAUGUGCCCACAAAGCAAAUUCCUUCUUUGAAAGUUGAAGUGAAACCUCUCUGAGAAUACUUGUUCUCUUAAACUGCGCAUAGAUCUGCAUUUUACUUUCUGUUGUAGCAGCCGCGUGUUGGACUGGUUUUAUAUCAGACAGAUUUGUGUGUGGGUGGAUGAUGAAAAAAACAUCAGCUUUGUGGAGACAGUGUUGGUGUUUUUGUUCUUGUUUUGUUUCAGACCUUUUGUUUUAGCUUUUUAAUCUUCUUCCCUUUUCUACCGUUUGCUGAUGACGUUCAGAUUUACUGUACAGUGUCCUGAUAACUCUGACAAACUUGUUAAUUUGUGCAGAUGUCCGACCGCUAUCAAGAACUAGGCAAAGAAAACCUCCUUCAGAUCAACAUUACAGAGGUCCUCCUUCUCGUUAGCAACUUUUUUCAGUAAUAUUUGAUCAGCUGAUGCUUUUUGAUCAGAACAUUAAUUUUUUGUACACUUGUAAGAUGCUUUCUGGCUCAAUUACUGCAAUUCCCUCUUCUCCUGGCUGAGCAAAUCCCCCCCUCCACCAAAUGGUCCUAAAAGCUGCUGCAAACCUGUUGAUGGGCUUCAGCAGGGCGACUCUAAUUAUACCCAUCAAUUUUUUUCUACAUUGUCUCCCAAUCAGAUUCAGGAUUUUUUUUAAGAUUCUUUUUUUAUUCAUAAAGUCCAUGACCAGGAACUGCUGUUACGUCACUUUACUUGAUCUGUGCGCUAAUUGUGUCUGGUGUCCUUCUGAAAAACCUCUUUUUUUAAUUCUUGAAUUGAACUCUUCCCAUGCACAUACACUAUGCACUUUUUAAGCGGCUUUGGAUUGAUUUAAUCGGUGCUUUAACAUGUAAACUGAGCUAAAAACUUUUUUAAAGUGUGAAUAAUUUUGUGUAUUUGCAGAGGGGGCUCGGGAUGAGGUGGUGCAGUUCUUCCAAAAACAAGAUACCCAGGAAAGAAAGUGUGAGGUGAAAGAAAAUCAAGGAUGGCUGCUGUUAAAGUCUCUGCUGCUGCUGACAGCUGACAGCUCAGUGAGUGACGGGGAGGAUUUUCAGAUUACCUACUCAAAGUCAAGUUUCUGAUUAUAUUUUGAUUUACUGAUCAUCUUUUACAUCGAAUAGAAGUUUCUAAGUUAAUGGUUAUUGCACUUUUUUAUGCAGAGUGGCUAAAUCAUAGCGUGGCUGGGCCAUCCUGUUGCGUGAUUCACUUGCCGUUCCUUCCCACAACAGUCUGGACUUCGGCCAAUUGGGAGCGUGUAUUCCUGGUCAGAAAAUAACCGGGCCAAUCAGAGACCGUGUUUUCCAAAGGCAGCCCCUGAUUGGUCCAUGUGGAGAUGGUGACGUCUAACACAUACUGCGAGACUUUUCAAAGCGCCGUUCAUUCAGAACGCCGUUAAUUCUGCAGUUGACUCUGCAAAGUCGGCAGAAAUUGUUUAAAUCCUCAGAAGACGUCAGAAUAAACGAUUUCUGCGAUUUCUUUCCCUGUUGUCCGGGUAACAGUGGAAACACGGUCUCUGAUUGGCCCGGUUAUUUUCUGACCGGGAAUACAUGCUCCCAAUUGGCCGAAGUCCAGACUGUUGCGGAAAGGGACGGCAAAUGAUUCACGCAACAGGAUGGCCCAGCCAGGCUCGCUAAAUCACCGUGUUCAUAACUAUCAGAACUCUCUCAGGAUGAAGAUGUCAUUUUGGAUUUACUUCUUAACAUCUUUUCCUGUGUUGUUUUUUUCAGGAUAUACUGUCCUGUAUAAACCCGGGCCUCCCUGCAGCUUUGGUGAAAUGCCUCUACUUGCUGGUCUGUCUUCCGUCUGCAAAGGAGAACUUCACCACAGAGGAAACCUUUCAAGAGCCUCUCACGCAGGUCGAACAGCCAAAGCUCUUUGCACUUAUCCUCUUGUGGAUUUUCGUUCUUUUCCUGGACUUUGGUCUCAGACUGUGCUCCUUUCCAGGUUCUCCUCCAGCUCUGCAGGCAGCCAGCUAAUGUGGAGAGACUGGUGGAAACUCAGGAGCUGCAGUGUCUUAUCAUCGGCCUCACAUCGCUGUGGGACCAGACCAGUCCAGACUGGAGGCAUAAGGCCUCUCGUGUCCUCAAGGCGGUCUCUGCUGUGGCAACAAGCAACACCGUCCCGAGCUUGCUGGGUGAGGCAACUCAAAACUAACUGCAUUUCAUCUGACUUCAUUUAAUUGUUCUAUUUCUGACUGGCAUAAUAAAACUCUAUCAUACUGAGGAUAUUAGGAAAGCAUCUGUGAACGUUUACUUUUCCUGGCUGAAAGUGAAUAAUUAGAUUUAAUCCGAGAAUUUUCCUCCGCUCCGGACAGAUACUUUUGUUGAAGUUAUGAUUUAAUUAAGCGGAAAACACAUGACCACACCGCUCAGAGGAAACGCACACUGCGAGUAGAUUUCACAUGAUGCCUCUAUCAGCACUGAUGACCCUUCGCUCCCCCCCUGUUCUGGUACAAACAAGAUAACUUUGAUUUGUUUGGGAGAUUAAGAAGUUAUCCAUGUCCCAGCACAUGAUGCUCUCUGCCUUAAAAUCAGAUCUCUGCAGCCGCCGGAUCGACCUGGGCCACUAAGGUCACCACGUGUUUGAUUUUGGGAUAAAAAGCAUCAGGAGGAGUGUGCCGACAUUCGACUCUGAUGCAGCGUUUACCUCUAAGUCCUGAACUUUUCCCCUCUGUCUCCACCUCGUCAGGGAAGAAUUGUGUUCGUAUCUGCAUCCAGAACCUGUUGCACAUCAGUCCUGAUGUCUCAGGGUCGCUGUUAGCCGAAGUGGCUGUGGCUGUGUUCAGCUUUAUCAGAGACACUUACGCCUGUAAUCCAGCCCUCUUCCUCGAGUUUGACGCCCACAACGGCUACAAGGCCCUCGAGAACAUCCUGAUCAGGUGAGCUGAAAGGACACAAACGAAGGAAGUGAUAUGAAGCUGUGAAAUGAGCAGCCCCCUCAGAAGGUCUCUCUGCUCUUCAUCUGUCUCUUGAUUUCUCCUGUUAUUAGGUGUGAGGAGGGGGUUUCUGUGGAUCUUUUCCAGCCCGUAGAGGAGCUCCUGGCCCUAAUAGCUUCUUUCACCUUUUUCGGGAAAACUGAGCUGAGAGUCGCUCUUUGUGUCAACAACCCUCAACCCCUGGGCUUCAAGUUUGACCCGCCGCUCACCAAAGGUAGGUCAAGCCCUCAUCAUGAGCUCUGCUUCGUUACUCACUGGUCAGCUCUCCUGAUUAUUUCUAAAGGCUGAUUGUUUGGAUGAACUCUGACUCAUUGCUGUAAAAUUUCUACUUCAAAUUAAUUAAUUUGACCCAAUUUUUGAAAAAAAGCAACAAAAACUCAAUGAUAAUUAUCAAAACUUGAGUCAUGUGUGCAGCUCGAGACAAACUAACGUAUCAUCUUGUUCAGUUUUGCUCAGGAUUCUAAUCAUGGAUGUGAUUUAACAGAAUGAAUGUUGAUAAAAGAGAGUCAAAACUUUAUAUAAACAAGCUAUUUUUUUAGAAGAAGAAGAUUUGUUUGAAUUUUACUCUUAAUUGUUUCAAAGAGCACUGAGAGGAACUGAUGUUUCCUUAUGGGGUUGCUUUUCAGUGUUUUUACUGGUUUGAAUCAGUUUUUUUGGAUCAGGUCGAGACUAAAGAUUUUCUGAAUUAAACAUCGGAAGCAACAAGAAAUAAGAGCCACUACCCAAAAGUGAAGGAUAUUAAAUCCCCUUUUAACACGCAAUAUCCUUUUAAGGCCGAGAAAUAAUGUGAAACUGCUCCAUGAACUGUUUCUUUAAGUAGUCUUAAUUAAUUAAAAAAUUGUUUUGGUUUCGCUGCUUAAAGGGAUAUUCCGGCGUAAAAUUAAUUUAGAAUCAUAAAUGUUCUUCCUUGAGCUGCGUCACCCCGCAGCAGUCCGUAAUGGACUCGCCUGGAGGUCUCUGUUCAAACAAGCGAAAUUAGGCAAAGUUAAAAAGAUGUUUGGUGUGUAGCACUAUGGCUGGGACCCUAUAUGUACUGUUGAUGAAGUUAGGCGCUGUUCUGAGCAUUAUUAGUGGCUAUAGAGUGGUGUUUUGGUUGAGGUUUGUUUAUGGCUCCUCAGACCACUGUGUUCUGCUAUCCUGUGGUCGUUACUAAAGUUGGUAUAACUAGAGAAGCAAGCGGUCGGCAACAUUCAUCUCUCGAGGGGGUGUCUAACUCGGUGUUGCGGUGUGUUUGUCCCUAACUGAAUUUUACGCCGGGAUAUCCCCUUAAGGAUGAGUUAUUUUAUUUCUGCAACGAAGCCGACUCCCCUCCACAGAGGCCAGCAUUUUGGACUGCUGGUUUCUACUAUAGAAAAACAGCAAAAUGGACAAACUUGUAAAAACAAACAGGUUUUUCCUUGUGAGAUGGGACACGGAGGUGAAAACAUUUGUUGUUGUCGUUGUUGUUGUUGUUAUAUCUUGUUGUUUUCAAAGGCUGCAACUGCAAGUCAAAUCAGUUGUCUCAUUGUCAUCGCCUUCACUGCCUAAGGAGGAGAGUAAGCUCCUCGUAUGGCCACACAGUUCAUCCACCCUUUGCACUUUGGCCCUCACAUAACCCUCCCAAAAUGCACCACAACCCUGUGAGCCAUCCCCCCAGUUCCCCCACAGCUACCACCGCUGCAGUGCACAACACCCCUCAGGUUAACAGGAAACUGAGGUGAUUAUGUCUGGGAUGAUGAAGUGGAGGCUCCCUGUCUAACUCUGUUAGGAUGCCCCACAUCCAUUCACCACUGGCCUACAGCAACCAGCCAUCUAUCAUAGACGUGCACACACACACACACACACCUCCAUCCAACACUCAUAAAUAGAGUGUCCAUAAUAAACACACACAUUCCUGUCCAAACAGACACAAAGACACACCGAUUCAGCACCCAUCCAUCACAUCAAGGAGUAGAUCUCUUUCCAGCAGAGGCACUGGGGACUUUUUUCUGCUGAUCUUAUUUGGUUCUGAUGUAAUUUAGACUAAGUGUGAAAAUGAAUCCUAUUACUAACCAGGUAUGUAUUUAUUCACAACAAACACAAGCGUGUUCUGGACCCCAAAUCGAAGACCUUCUCUGAGUAUUUUGACAAAGAAGAGAACAAACUCUAUCAAGGCAGAUUAUGCUAAGACGAUAUUGCCGUCAUGGAUCUUAUGUUGUUUGUUUUCAAUCUAUCUAUGUAUGAGUAACUCGAUUGGCGCGUGAAAUUCAAUGUGUUUUCUGCGUUUAAGGUUGUUUGUUAUCUAUUUGUUUUUGCUCUUUCUUUGAAAAUGACUUUGACCUUGCAAGAAGCAAAAUGUGACAAAUUGAGCUAAAAACUCUCAACAUCUCUUGGCUAAAUUGACCUCUGAUAGUGAGUUGUAGUUCUUCUGAAAUUCAGAAAGUUUGGAUAUAAGCAAAAAUGCAGAACACUUUCAGUUCACGUGCUCAAACCUUUUGAAAAAGUUGAGUAUAAAGACUCUUGUUUGAUUCUUUUGUGUCCAGGUUCAGCCGUGAAAAACCUCAAGGCCUUCCUCCUGCUGCAGUCCUCUUUGCUACGCUGUCAGGAUUGUCUGUUGUGCUGCCAGCUCCUUCGAACCGUGCAGACAAUAUGGGAGAGGGACCCCGCCAAUUUCUUCCUCUUGGAGUGGACGGUCCAGACCAUGUCUCAGCUGGCAGUCUGCAUGUGGCAAAAACCUGCACCUGUCCGGAAACUCUUCUUUUCACUUCUAGAGAUGGUAAGACCUCCAAAGUUCAUGCGCAUACUUUUCUUUUCUUUGACACAGAGUGCAUGUGAGCUCUGAUCAAAUAGUGGGUUUCUUAUAGGUGGUUUUCAAACUAAACUACAUCCCCCAUGAGACUUUGCGGGGCCUGCUGAUUGUGCUGAAGCAGAUCUGGGCGGGGACGCUGGCUGGAGGACUGGUGGGGAUUGAGUUUGGAGUGGAAGCUCUGAAGUGUUUUCACCGGUGAGCGGAACACAUUUGUAACUUCAGGACAAAAAUAUCCUCUGAUGGUCUUCACACUCUAAUUUUCACCUCUUUGGAUGUAAACAGGAUGGAGAAUUUCAAAAACAGUAACAAAUCUCUGAACCAGGCAAUGAAACUGAAACUCUUCACUGUUAUCUGUGAAAAACAGAAUGUCGGUACACAAAUAUUUGCUUAUUUUGUGGUCUGCUGGCUAAUGUUAGCCUCAAAGCAGAAAGUUUCAGGGUUCCAUGGAAAUAAAUUUGAUCAAUUUCCAGAUCUUAAAAAGUAUGGAAAAAUAUUUAUAUUUCCAGACCACAGAUCUAAAAUACUGUUUUCUAAAAUAGAAAUGUCGGUAUUUCCAAAAGCAAUUCUAAAAAUUAUGAUAUGGAAAACUCUCCUUCUUCCCCUCCAUUUCUCUCCCUCUCUUUGCAAAACUACCUUCUUAAAAAUAUUUGAAAUGACUUGGAUGAUGCAAUCAAUCUCAGGAGGCUUAGUAAAAUCUAGAUGAUUGUGUCACAUUGGCCAACUUUACUGUAGUCUAAUGUGGUCUAAUGUCAAAACCUCUACAUAUUAGUUAAACAGUUUGGUGAGUUAAAUCAGGAAAAUACAAGAGAAGAAAAAGUGUCAAACAGACCAACACUGAACAAAACUGCUAAAGAGGAAGAGCUCCUUUUCUUUCCUUGACGUGGGCUGAAUGAGAUUUAUCUCCCCCGCUGUGUAGGCUGACAGUUCACAGCAGCAUGCUAGCUGAGGUGCUAAGUGACCGUGGUCUGCUGGAGCUGCUACUCGGGGAACUGCGAAGAAGAGCCAAAAUCAUCAGGAAGGCUGGAGUCGUUUGUCCUCCUCAAAUAAGUAUGAAGCAGCACAUUGUUGUCCCUGAAUCUUAACGUAAAAACAAUGCCUGAUAAACACCUCAUGUAUACAGUUUAUACACCUAUUUAGGCAACACUGGGACUAAGUGAACACCCUCCCAUUUUCUACAGAUCCUUAAAGAACAAUUAACACUUUUUUUCUUCGAUUGUUUUUAAAUGUGUAGAUCCUCAGGGCCUGCCUUCAGUGGAAGAAGGUGAAAAACUACUUACAGCCUGUAUGCUUCAAGUUGUGUCAACCCUGACUUUGCGCUCAAUCAAAAACACCGGUAGGUUUCAUUUCUCUCCACACCAUUUUCCCCUCACUUGUAUUUCAGCCUGAAACCGCUCUUCUGUAUUCAAUCUCUGCUCGUCUUUCAGUUUCAGUACGAGACCUCGGCAUGGUUCCCUACAUAAAGAUCUUCCUGGAUGAGGAUCAGUUUCGGGGUCCCACUCUGAGCAUUUUGGAGCAGCUCGCCGAGAUCAACCCCGACGAGUUCAUGAGCACCGCCAUCGGAGCGCUCUGCUCCUCCACGCAGCAGGAACUCGGCUUGAAGAGAGACCUUUUGCAGGUUGGUGUUACUUUCAGCUCAUCUGUUGCAGCUGAACUCAACGCAGUAAUAACACAUUGUAAAGCACUUCAAAUACAUAUAGUAGUGAAUUUAUUUUCUAAGCAUGCGAGACCCUGAUUAUAUUACAGACAAAUACAGAUUGAUUGGCUAAAAGUGGUUUAGCUGUUAACUCGGGGCAACUCGAUUAGGCCAGCAGCCUUGUGCUGUGGCACGCUGAAGAUUACCACCUCUAUCAGAUCAGUGGAUGGGACAGAGAUGUGAUUAAACUUAAAUGAGUUACACACCCACUGUAUGUGUCCUUUUUUAUAGAUGACAGUGAGAAGAGCUCUUACUUGCAGUUAUUGUGCGCAUUCAUUGUGUGUGAACGUGCUGCGCCUGCUUGUGCAUGCUCUCAGAAGUGUGUGUGGGUGUGUUCUUUGUGCUAACAUGGUUAAAGCAGGUGGCAAUCAGAUUGGGUGCGACCCGGGUUGGCAAGUGUUAAGAGCCAUUGUGAUUACUCCAGUUUCAGUUAAUCGCAUUUCUCUCACACAUUACCUACCUGAUGGAUUAGCUCUCUAAAUUGAAUAAAGAUAAUCUGAUUUCGUUCACCUCUGAAAACUAGUUACCAGAAAUGAUUUAUGAGAUAUCUAUAUGUUUCAUCUAUUUUUCAUGACAUUGUUUUAAUUGACUGGAGAGAUGCUUAUAAAAGCUGAGGGGCGAUUUCACAAAGACUGAAUCGAGGCUGCUGAUAGCUACAGGAAUGGUGAAGUGGAAUCUCUCCUAUCUCUCGCACCGUGCACCAGUGAUAUAACAAUCGCACCUGUGACACUUCACAGUUUUUUUAAAGCUCUGCAAUGAUAUGUCUCCUGAUUUCCUUCAUAACAUAACAUGUGAACAUUAUUUUACAUCCUAACAUGCAACCCCAACUCCUAAAGAGUCACAAAACAGCUAAAAAUUGUUGAUAAAAACAUAAUUUGAUCAUUUGUAAAAGUGCAAAAAUACAUACGAGAUGAAACAGAAAAUAUAGAAAAAACACAGGUGCUCAUUGUCAAUCUGAUUCAAGUUACAUUUUUCCAGAAAGAUGGGAAAAGGACUGUUCUAAAACUCGAACUACCAAGGCAGUCAUUGUGACUGUUUUCAGGAUUUACAAUGUCAUAACUUUUUAAAGAUAAAACCUUUACACCAGUCACACCUUGACUUUUCCUAAAUGUGUCUAUAAUUUAUUCUAACAUGGUUUUAUCGUUACAAUAACAAAACACAAAAGAGAUCUGAGUAUGACUCCCUCGAAUGACCAGAGCAGUCAAAGUUACUGCAUGCUUUUGACAAAGGGUGUUAUAUUUCACUGUUUGCUAGAUUUUCUCGUCUUCCUCCUGCUCUGUUGUUUGUUUUGUACUUAAAGCUCUGUGAAGCUAUAAAUCUUGCUCUAAAUUUACUCAAAACUAAAGAGACUCAAAAAUGAAAACUAGAAGAAAAAUGACAAGUAUGGAGGCUUUAACUUUACUUCAGAGCCUUAAUGAGGAAGAAUCAGAUGGAUGAGCAAGUUCAGGCAGUGAUGUGUUUUGGUAUUUUGAGGAAAGUUCUUAAAAAUCUCAUUUAUUAUAUUUUUCAUUUUGUGCACUGAUGUUUUUUUAUCUAUUCCACCAGUUUAUUAUAAUUUUUUGUUGUUUAUUAUCCAAAUUAUGUGCAAAAUGUCAAAAUGACUGCCAUGGUCAUUCUUGUAGUUGCAGAAUUUUGGUAGACUGAGUGUUAAUGCUGCCAGAGGGCCUGAAGAUUACAGCCAUCCAGAGUUUCCUCCAGUUUCUCUUUUUUUUUUUAUGAUGUACUGAAGACGAUGAAGUCCUGAAGAUCUUUGUCAAACUUCAUGCUCAUACAGUCCUUCGUAGAGGGGUGAACAGUUGUGAAUUUGCUCUAGAUGUUUGCAGAAGAGCGCACAGAGACACUGCUCGCUGUAAAACCCAACUGGGUCAACAUUACGCCUUUGUGUUUGCCUCAAGUGUUUGAUUUAAUUUUGUGUCAUUUGCACGGGUUUAGCAGCCGUAAAAGCCAAGUAAUCCUUGAGAAUCCAGAGACUUAAAGCAAAGCUUAGUGUCACAUUUAUGUAUGAUUAGUCUAAGUCCACAUGCUCUCUACUUCUCUCUUCUGUGUUUCAGUCUGUGAUUAAGGUGCUGGAGAGUCCAAACAGCUGGGACGCCUUCAGGCGGGCAGGAGGCUUCACCGGACUUCUGUCUCUGGUCAUCGACAUGGAGGGAGCUCUGUCUGACCCUCCUCAGGGUGAAGUGUGGAAGUCUCUGGGGCAUCAACCACUUCUGGACCUCCUGCUCCUCACUCUUCACGUCUUGGCUUUGGCUGUGCAUCUUCACUCAGUAAACGCACAUCAUUUCGAGACCGGGGGCUUUUAUGAAAGGCUGGCUGAGGCUUUACUCCAGCUGGGCUGUUUCCACACUGAAGACACUGAAACAGGAACGUUUGACUGUGAGGAGAAAGACGCAGAGGAAACCACGUCUUCUGUGAAGCCCUUCUAUGAUUUUGUUGAGCUAGCAGAGACCCCUAAAGCUUCCUCUUCCUCCUCCACAAAACCUCAGCCUGAUCUGCCUCUCACUCUUCGAACAUGUGUGAGGCUGCUGUCGUAUCUGGACCAGUUUGCAACAGGGACCUACUCUCCCCGGGAGUUAUACUUGGGACUACAAACUGAGGAUGGUUGUGAUAAGGAUAAAGAUGGACUAAAUGGACCAGCAGGACAUGAGGGGGUAUAUUCAGGGCCACAGUCUGUGGAGGACACACAGGGGAAGCCCAGGACCACAUCAUCAAGUUUUUCCACGGUUUGCACAGAGUCACAGUACAGGUGGAUAUUUAACCAUUUAUCAUAAACUUAAAAAUGAAGACUGCAUGUGUCCUCGUCGGUUUAAACCCAUAUCUCUCCUUGUCUUACAGCAGGUAUACCUGCGAUCACACCAUUCUUCAUCCAGGAGCAAUCAGAGUUAUUAUGACUCUCCUUCCAUCGGUCUUUACUCCAGAGGACCCACAGGUAACCUUUGUAGAUAUAACACUUGACAUUACCUGCUAUUUAACACUCGAGAUUCUCUUGAUAUAAUUUUUAUAACUCAAAUACUGAUCUGACACCAAGGCUGGAGAAUUGACUGUUACAGAGUAAUUUCUCACAUACAAGUACAAGAAAAAACAACUCUCUUGCUGCUAUUUGUCUUCUCUGCUGAUACUUAUUGCCGUGCGUUGUGCAGACUAUUGUCUAUUAAAAUAUCUUUACCCUUUGGACCUUUUGUAUCAUAUUUGAUACAUACUUUUAUAUACUUCUAUCAACUCACUAUGACCAACAAAUUACUAAAACAACACCUGAAUACAGCCCGAUAAAUAAUAAAUAUGACCUCUUGUAGUUUAUCAGUUUCCAAAAACAUCUAAUGUAUCAAACAAGAUCAAUAAAUAUAUUUGUUAAAUUUUAAGGACAUUUUAAUUUUUUUGGUUUUCAGUGGUCAGUGAAAUAAACAUUUCAGCUCCAAAAAAAUUGAAUUUUCUGGACAUUAUUUGUGGUUUCAGGCAUUAAAGGGCGAAGCGAUAUGUAAAAUGACGACAUAAAGUAUAACACUCAUUGUGCAAAAUCCAAAAACAUCAAGAACAGAAGAUAAUUCAUAUCUGAGUUUCCCACAUGGACCAGAAAAGGUUGAAUCAGAGGCUUUUCUGAUAAUAGCUUCUGAAUUAAAACAUUUUUUUUUAUCAUUCAACUUUUAUUGAGUUUAAUUUUUUUCUACAAGACCAAAUAAAAAAAAAACUGUUAAAAAAAGGCAAAAUCAAGAUACAGUCUUAUGAUAAUAAGACAUAGACGUAAAAACAAUAAAAUAAAAAAGUACAUAAGUCCCAGACAGGUAAAAUUAUUCCAUGCUCAUAUGUUAAACAAUCUUAUCCAAAUACAACAGGCACACACGUGUUGCAUUGUCCCAUGUGAACUUCACUGUCUACAGGUAGUCUUCAAGUAAAUACCUCCACCUUCAUUUCAUGCCAGCCCCCCCAGAACAGCCCAUAAUGAUCAGUUAAAACAACUUUUUUUAAGUAUAAGCCUAUUAGACCGGACCCCAGCAUGAAACUGACUUUUCUCCUCUUUCUCAGCUUUCUAUGGAGGUCCAAUCCUCUCUGGCACAUCACAUCCAGGACAUGGUGAAACCAGAGCAGAACCGCCAGAUAAUGUGUGAGGGGGGACUGGUCUCCACACUCCUGACCCACUGUCCGAACAUGUUACUGAAUCCAAAACACCCGUUACAUCUACCUGUUACACGAGUCUUUGAGAAGAUCUCAUCUCAGGCCAUCUCACAGUCAAACUUCAGGUGAAACUCACGGAACAAUCAGUUCAGAUUGAAGAUGCGUCUCUUCCUGUUUUCAUUUGUUUUCGGUCUUUGUUCCACAUUAGUCUGUGUCUGACGGGUUUGUUAUUUUCUUCACUACAGGAAGUUCUUGUGCUUAGGGGACCCGCUCAUGUGCUCGGCAAACAAAACAGCCGUGCAACCACAACAAGAAAGUCAGGCCCCGGUCACAUCUCCUGUUUCAAAUGGUAUGAAUGUGUUUUUAUAGUAACUAUGAUGUAUGAUGAAACCCAUCCUCUUCUACUUUAAUUUGGCAUUAAAGAAAAGACUCAUGAUAUUUGGUUGUGUUGUGUGAACCAGGUCCCAGUUCAGAGACGGAUACGUCUUCAGGAUCUUCUGUGAAGACACUGAAGCGCUCCUUCAGCUUGUUGCAGUCUGUGACUCGCAGCGAAUCCUCCGCUGUACCCGCCCACCAGAUCAUCAGCCUGGUUUCCAUGACGUCACCCCGCACCUUCAGACCUCACAGAGUCUCCUCCUCUCCCGCUUUUGUCGAGUUUGACAUGAGUGAGAGUGGAUAUGGGUGAGUUCUUUCCCACUGAGAAAAUAGUUUUUUUUUAGACCUAAUUUCAACCGUCUAGAUUCUGUAUAUUUUUAGACGGAAUUUAAAAGCAAAAACCAAAAUAAAUAUGAUAGCCGUUGAGCAAAAAAUGCUCCGUGGGGUGUUAGACCUCUGUUAGCUGGCUAGUCUAAACUUAGUCUAAAUUUAAAUGUCUAAAAAACGUUCAUUUUUAGACCUGUGGUAGCCUGAUUUAGACCAGUCAUCUAGGCUACAUUUAGACGUCUUUUAGACCUCUUUUAGACCAAAAAAUGCUCAGUGGGUUCUUUCCUUGUUCUGUAAAAUUGGACAGAAUCAAAUUGACUCGAUGACCAAAUUUGAUCAACUCACAUGAUGACUAAAAAUAUGGUAGAAAAUGCCACAUCAUUUGCUUGUCUGAGUCUGUUUCUGUCCUGCUUAAACAGAUGUGAUAAAUUCACUCAGAAAGGAUUAUGAUUUGACUCUCUAAUGUCUCUGAUUUGUGACGGUGUUCCUCGCAGCUGCCUCUUCUUACCCUCUCUGGCCACAGUGAAAGGAGUGACAGCAGACUCGAUCUCCACAGGUGGAAUUGGAGGAGGUAAUCAGUGCAUCUAAAUGUUGAAUUCUGACAACUUCUUCUGAAACUAGAAAACAUUUUGACUCUUCUCCUUCUCAUGUUUCAGAUUGUCGCGGUUUCCCACCUGCAGCCGGUCUCUCCUUUUCCUGCUGGUUCCAGAUCAACAGAUUCAGUUCAGCCUGUGACUCCCAUCCAAUCCGCCUGUUGUCAGUGGUCCGCCACAUGUCCCGGACAGAGCAGCAGUACGUCUGUCUGUCCGUCUCCUUCUCAGCUUAUGACGGCUGUCUGGUCAUUUCCACAGAGGAGGAAACGUUCACAUAUCUGGGUAAAAGGAGUAAAAAAAAGGACUUUACAUAACAAUUAUAGAAGUAUGAAGUUUUGUUUGAAGCUUUCAAUACUCUGAGUGGCAUUUAGAGUCAGACCCCACACAUGUUACAUAAGACUGAAUGACUGUUCACAGAUAUGAUGGAGCCGGAGGUAAGCACACCCACAUCUUUGCCUACAACUCUGAGGUUUCGCUGCUCCAGCAUGCUGAUCCCAGGUCAGUGGCACCACCUGACCGUGGUCAUAACUAAGGAAAUGAAGAAGAACUGUCUGGUUUCAGCCUACUUCAACAGCAAAGCAGUGGGAACAGGAAAGGUACGGACGAGAGACUCAUGAGACAUUCAAGUAUGUGCUGAACUCAAGUCUGAUGACCCAUUUAUUUGAACCUCUGUAUUUCCUGUCAGAUGAAGUACAUACAGCCAUUCCCUGGUCAGUACGUCUCCAUGGACCCCACAGCCGUGAUCGACGUGUACGGACUGAUAGGAACACCGCCUAUCUGGAAGGAGCACGCCGCUUUGGUGUGGAGAGUGGGUCCGUCUUACCUGUUUGAAGAAGUCUUGAGCGCUGAAGCCGUCAGAGUCAUUUACACACAAGGCACCGGCUACCUGGGCAACUUCCUGGGGCUGCGCAACACAGGUGGGUCACCAGAUUUCUACAGGAUGUCUUCAGUCUGGAUUAAACCGCAUGAAACUCGUGAUAAUUUACACGCUCUUUUGCGUAACACUGGCUCAGUGUGUGUCGCCAAAUCAGCCCCUUCACCGCCACAAUAACACGUUAAACGCUCUCUCUCCUCAGCUCAUUCAGUGUGGGAGCACCCUGAGGAAUGCACUGAGAUUAUGUUUUCCCACCACUGCACUGCAUGCACUAAACUCUGUUGCCAUGGUGCUCAUCCCAUGCAUUUGUGAUUUUCCCUGCAGAACACAUGGGACAGAUUUGAACCUAUUAAGAUACAGAUCAGAGUUUACCGUUGAAUGCUUUAGAUUCUUUCUACUGAAGUGUUAUGAGGACAGAUAUGUCGCUGUGAUAAUUCUGUGAUAAUUCUGCGGCUUCUUUAACUUCCUGUUUCGUGUUUUAACCAGGCCAUGAUCCAGAGGCCGAGUCUCUUCCUCUCAGGCUGGUUCCUGAGGAGAGGAUCUCAUUCGGCAUCAACCCAGCGAUCUCUACUUUAACAACUGUGGCACAGAUCAGAGAGGAUUACAAUGAGGUGGACUGCAGGCUGAUUGCUAAAGAGGUAAGGUGAGUCUAUGUUGAAUUUACACGUUUCUUAUUGGGGACAGACUGGAGAAACCUUUGUGUCUUAUUACAGAUGGGGAUAACGUCUCGAGAUCAGUCCACACCUGUGUUUCUUGCUCGAAACAUCAGUCAGCACCUCAGUGGCACAGCUCGCACUAUAGGAGCAGCUCUGGUCGGACAUUUUGGUAAAGAACUUAUUUCCUGAUUUCACGUAUUUGUGCAAAAACUGGAGAUCUUACAAGUAUGUGUGUCCUCUCCCGACCAGGUGUGCGGACGUUCACACCCAGCAGCGCGUCGAGUGGUUUCCUUUAUGUAGGUGGACCUGCAGUCAUUCUCAGUCUGGUUGCGAUGGCGCCAAAUGACGGCGCUCUGUACGCAGCGGUUAAAGUUCUUCUUUCUGUGCUGGAGACCAACUCGGCCAUGCAGCAGGAAAUGAACCGCAUCAAUGGAUACAAGGUCGGUUGGAUUUAUAAGGAGCUAAAAUGUACCUCCGUCAUGUUGGCUAAUGUUUUUUUAAGAGCACAUUUAUAAACAACAGAAGCUGAUCGAAGUGCUGUACAACCAGAACAUGACACAGAACAAAAACAACAAAUGAAAAUUAAGAUGAUUAAAAAAAAAUUGACUUUCAUGCUGAGACAAAAGCUAAAGAAUCAAAAUUGAGGUUUCAGUGUGAGGGACAGCUGAACAUGUGGAAACGAAGCAUUUCAGAAAAGACUCACUCUCAGCAUAGACUUUGAGGUCACCUAGGGUGACCAUAUGUCCUCAUAUCCUCUUUUUUGGGGGCUGUCCCGCUUUGUCUGGGGAAGUUUAUGAAAUCCUUCAAAUGUCUGCGGCUUUGUACGAGAGUUUCGAGUUUGUGUCGCAUGGAUUUACUGAGAUAGAAGUGGGUGAAAGACACUUGAUCCAACCCAAAAAACACUCUAGAUAACGAACACCUGUUAAGUAGGUUGAAAGUGUCCUUGAUAAAAUGUGGUUUUGACAGACAGGUAGGAGCUGUAUCUGUUAAUCAUUAAAUCUGAAAUUAAACCCUAAAAUGCACAGAAAACCAGUGAAGGCAUUUAGAAGUUAUGAAACAAGCUGCAGACGAGACAGAGGCUUGUCUAACAUCAAUGUGAAAGUCAGUCUUGAAGUUCUGACGUUAUUAAAGCUCGCACAACCUGAUCAAGUUCAUUCAAAGGUUUAAAGCUGCAGUUCGACAGGUUUGAUCUCACUACUGAGUUUAUUUGUUGGUUCAUUAAAAAAUCCUCCUCAUGAACAGGUUUUGUGUGUUUCCUGUCCUCCUGUAGCUGCUGGCUUUCCUGUUGAAGAUGAAGAGGAGUCUGGUCAGCCACAGAACCUUACAGCUGGUUCUGUAUCUGUGCAGUUCAGCGCAGUUGAGCUUUGGGUCGGUGCUCCUGCAGAACACACCGGCUUUCCAGGCUCUGCUCUGUGACCUGGAGGUGAGCGUUUGAGUUUCACCCUGUAUUUAUCCCUUUUUUUCAGUGUACGUCACAGUUUAGUGUUUUAACUGCUCUCCCAUCAAACCGUGUUUCCAGGUGUGGAAGGAGACCUCAGAUAAUCUGGACCUUUCUGUUCUGAACCACUUCGCUGAACUCCUCAAUUCCUCAAGGUAAUUUCCACAGCUAACGAGCGCUGUACCAGAUCUCUUCGAACAUGUUCUAGUUUUAAUCUAAUUUAUUAUUAGCUCACAUGGCCGUGGUACGACAAAUUACAUAACCUAACAAAGAGGGUCUUGUUUAGGAUCCAUGAGAGAAUGCAUUAGCUCUUCGGUCAGUAUCACAGAAACGUUCACUUGAAGUAGUUCAGGGAAAGUCCACUAGAAGCUGAAGAGAGGAGUGUCUAAAUGAGGUGUUUCUCUUUCUUUGACAUUAAUGCUCUCUCUGGUUCUAUCUCUGUGCUCUCCGCAGUGACGGCACAAAUACAGCCAUCCUCCACAGCGAGGGUGUGUCGCUGAAGCUGCUGUUCAAGCUCUCUGACCCAGCUGUGACCGUUCAGAAGGUUCAGAUCAUUUCUUCUGUCAUUACAUCCCUGCUGAAAGCUCACUGCACUCCACUGGACAUAAGCAGGUACAGUUUAGACUCCAAACAGAUGAAACAAACCCCUAAAAUAUACUGAAUUCAAUCUUAAGGAGGAUUUAAAGUGUGUUUUGUGUUUUGUUCAGGCUGGGGCUCUUCCUGGUCUACACUCUCCCACCUCUUAGCAGCACAAGUGAAAGCAAACAGAUACCUGAGAGUGAUUUAUCACUGGACAUGUCAGGUACACGGUUUAACUUUUACAGAAUAUUAAAUAUGUAGAUUUUCAACAAAACCUCUGACCUGAAUUUGCCGUGUCGUUGCUGUAGCUCAGAGAUCUGAUCCAGCCAGCCUCAUCUGGAUCCGCAACCAGCUGUUACUCUCCCUUUGUGAACUCCUCGACUCAGACAGCCCUCAAACCAAAGAGUGAGUAACAUGUGUUUCUGCUUAGCGAAACCAAAAACUGUAAUAAAACAUGUUUUCCCAGUCUAUCAUGUCUCAUAAUGUCACAGCAGAAACAUUUACUGUCAUGUUCUCACUCACCACCAGCCUACAGACGAGUUUAUUCGACACUCUGGGCAGCGACUGGUUCCUGCUCUUCCUUCAGCCGCACCUCCACCCCUCCACCGUCAAACUGGGUCUAGUCCUGCUGACACACUUUCUGUGGAGUCCCAGCCAGCAGAGCAGCUUCAGAGAGGGGAUACUCCCAGCAACGCUCAUAGAGGGCAUGGAGGAACCCUUAACUGUCCUGGGUAAAUAAAGCUGAAAACCUUUUCUCACAGUGAAGCAGGACUGUACGUGUGUAAAUCUGAGCGAGUAUUUAAAGUAGGUCAGCAUUUUAUGAAUCAGACCAAAUGAACCUUUUUGGACUGAAAAAGGGGAAAUACAUUAACAAAUAUAAAAAAUGAAAGGAGUGGAGGACUUUGUUUUCUUUGUUGAUUUAAUGUUAUUUUGCCUUUUUUAACCUAGUUUUUAUUUCAGUUUGAUCAGCCUAAACAGUCAUAUUCACAGUUAUUUUAAUUUCCCAGUUUCCUCCAUUUUUGCUCUUGCAGCUUUGUUUUAGGAUUUAUAAAUAUUUUAUAGAAUAAAAUGAAAAUUAGGCAAGAACAAACUUGAACUCAACUCAGUAUUUACACUUCAAAUGAGGCAAAAAUGAAUAUUAUAAGGGGAUAUGUAAAAAUCUAAACCAACAUAAUACAAAUCAAAUAUAAAAAUACAGGUCGAUGUGGGUCUUGUGUCUGUGUAUAGAAGGAUGUGAAUGAUGUCUUGUAUAUACUGUAUAUAUUCUAGAGGAGGUACAUUAUCUGGGAAGUAUACCAGAUCAAUUCAGUAAUAGUGUGUGAACUGAAGAAGGCAGAGUUCACCUUUAAUAAAUCUCUCUGUCCCAAACCUUCUCAGUCCACAUUAUUUUGCCUCUUUAGGGUCAUAUUGUGCUCAUAAUAAAUUAUUAGUAUUAACAAAACUAAUGUAUGCAUUUAGUGAAAAUUAAUAUCUUGAUUUUUAUGAAAGUAUACAAUAUACAGUUCAGUUUUUGCUGCAGAAUUUUACUUUUCUCCUAAAUAAUGUCUCAAUUAUUUAUCAAUAAUGAAUAUAUGAGCCAACAGUGUUCAACUUUAACAUUCACUGUCUGCUGACUCUUCUAAAUUUUUCAGUAUUACCACAGAGUAUUUAAUUUUUCAUAACUGGUUUACAGUCUGAUUACCAAACAAACUCAAAAACCAAACAGCAGACACUGAGUGUACAAAUUCACAGUAUUAAUAUUACCGUAACUGGAAUUAAGCCUGAAGGCAGUGUGUUGCACAUGAUCUCAAGAAUGUCAAAGUUUAGCUCCAAAGCUCUUUAUGAAUUUGUUUGCAAAUCAUUUUAAACACUGUGUAUAUUUUCCUGGCAAACACACACAAUUUAAAGAAAGGGUUUUAUGAUGGUCCGUGACAUAAAUACACACGUCUCGCUUAAUUUGCUUUUCCAGCAUGACAACAUUUUAAAAAAGUUCAAGGGAAAUAAAGAUGUAACCACAGCACUUCAUGGAUAAAGUUUUGUUGUAUUCUUCUAAAAAGUGAAUCCAUUAAAGGAUUUUUGAUGGUUUAUUUAAAUCCAUCUAUUUUUAAUUGUUCUUCUCUUAUCACCAGAAAACCUGCGAGUCCACUCCUGGUCUCACGAGUGUUCGAGCUCGUCGUGUCCCGGCUUUGACAUUCUUCAGGGGCUGCUGAUCAGACACUCUCGCCUGCCUCAGGUGUAUGAGGCUCUGGCUGCUCUGCUGCUGGAGAGAAAGUUCAGUCACACUGCAGAAGGAAACGUGAGUGUAAAUGAUCUACUUCAGGAAGUCCUCUUCUUUAUCUCAGCUUUCAUAUUGAUCCUUAUUUUGUGUGAUGGACAGGUGUCUUUGGAUGAUGCUCUUCAGACUUUAAUUGACAUCCAAACACAGACGCCCGCUCAGCAGCUCUGUUUAGAAGCUGCAGUGAUUCUUCUUGAAUUAGUCCGAGUUAUCAUCACUCAGGUAAGAGAGUCUGAUACAGAAUAAUGAGGAGAAGCGUUUUUAAAGUUCCAGUAUGUGUGAAGUGCUUCUCCGUGUUUUUACAGCCUAAUCCUUCUGCAAUCACUGAUGCAUCAUGGGAGUUGCAGCUCCCUGCGAGUGUGAUGCAGUUCCUUUGUCUGCUCCACAAUCUUCGGCCCAGAGACCCACUGUGGGCGUCACCCGAGUUCCUCCAUGCACUUGCAGGAGUUGUGUUUCCUGUGGACGGCUCAGAGGUUUGUUGGUUUUUUCUGAUUUAUGAAUGAGUGAAGGUUUUCAGCUCGGAGAGAUCUGCUGUGAUUCACUGUUGACGUAUUUCAGGGUGAGGCUGAGACUGGGGUGAUAAGUGAAGGUGAAGACACUUUUAAGGGUCAUCCAAACAGGAAGCCGGUGUGUGACUUCAUCCGCAUCCUGCUGAUGGACAGUUUUCUCAAUGUGUCUGCGAACAACAACACACACCCUCUGCUCAUGCUGCUGGAGGUGAAUACACACACACACACACACGCUGCAGUUUGUGUGCUGCUCUGUUUUGUCUCUUUUUGCAUUAGUUUCAGUACGCUAAUCCACGUUUUAUAGCUUGAAAUGAUCGUUACAUGUAAGAAUUACCAUUUCUGGGGACACGCAGAUGGCUGAGCUGGUGUCCUCGCAGCGGUCACAGGCUGGAGUCCGGCCCCGACCCUGUGCUGCAUGUCCUCCCCACUCUCUCUCUAUCUCCCCACAUUUCACCCUGUCCUAUCAAUAAAAGACAAUAAAUAAUAAUGAAAAAUAAACAAAUUUCACUCAUUCAGCACUUCCAAAAAAAAGGGUAAUAGUUUUUACAGACUUUUGUUUCAUGCAUGUAGCUUAAAUUUGAUUUCAGUGUUGAGAAGUUGGUGCAAAAGGAUGUAAAAAAUCAAAUAGUAGUUUUCCUGAAAUGCAUUAAGGCUGUAAUAACGGGCCUUUAGAGCAAAACUAAUAUUGGAAACAGGAAGUAAAUCAAUCAAUCAACUUUAUUUCUAAAGCACAUUUAAAAGAACCACAAGGGUAGCCAAAGUGCUGUACAAUGACACAUAAAAACAAAUAAAACAAUCAAAGAACAAGAUAAAGCAAGCAGAAAUACAGUAAUGCAAAAGAAUAAAUAAGUUUAUGAAUAAGCAGGCUCACGGCAAGUGCUAAGAUGAUAAAAAAAUAAUAAUAAUAACACUACAAUGUAUCAAAAGCCAAGGAGUAAAAGUGUGUUUUUAAAUAGGUAUUGAAAUAUAUAAAAAAUAAGAACUAUAUUAAAAUAUAAAUGUUUAACUGGUUAAAGUAAACAAAGUGUUUUUAAUAAUACAAUACCCAGUUUGAAAAAAUAAACAUGAGAACAGUUAGUAGAUUAUAUUUGCUUUGUUACUUCCUUUCUCUUCACACUUAGCUGAAAAUAUUUGCUCAAGUUUUGUUAAUGGGAUAUCAGAUUAUUUUUAACACAUGCUAAUUAUUUCCAAAUUAUAGCACAUUGCUCUUGUUUUUGAUUUACAACAAAACUGCAAAACUCACAUCUCUCCAGGAGGGGCCACUCUUUGCUCAGUUUCCAAAGAAGGAAGAGCCAAACUUCUGUUAGUAACAUCAUUCACCACUAGGAGGGGGAGGAGGCCAAGAACCAAACCCUUGAAUUUUUCACCCACCACACCUUCUCUGGAGAUAAUCAAACAGCAUGUGCCCCUCACUCCAAACCACAAGGGGUCCUUUGUAAUACUGUCAGCCACUUAUUUGUCAUUUUUCCGUUAAUUUGUCUGACUGAUAAUCUGCUUGAAUGUCGCAGUUUUGUCCCGAUGGUGCAUCGCUGGGACAGAGGCAGAGUUUCCAGACUGAACUGUUAGAAUUCAUCAUGGACAUCAUCCACAUGUUCAGCCAUGAGGAGGAAAACAACACUCACCUCAGCUCACAAGGUACAACUACCACCGUUACCCUCCUUAAAGCUCAAACUAGCAUCACUGAAACCCUGUCGUUUUCAAGCUCUUUCUUUUGAUUUUCCUCUCAGACGGCAAGAAUCAGGCUCCUGAAGGGCAGAUGGGCACAAUGAUGGAGAACAUGGUGCUCUUCAGUAAAACUCUGCUGCAGAAACUUUACUCUGAGACAUUUGUGGGCGACCCAGAGAGUUUGCUCAACUUCCUCGCUGAUCAGAUCGUGGUGGUGAGGCACACAAAGAAAUUCAUUUCUCCAAGAGUGUAACAAAUCAAAUCAUCAUAAUUGUUUUGUUUUCACUAUAAAUCAAAAUUCACUAUAAACUUUUGCUGAUUUAAAAAGCUUUAAAAAUAACCCGUUGAUUGUCAAUGCAGAGAAGGUUUCAUGCAGCAAUGAAAGCUGUGUAAAUGUAAAAUCUAGCCACAUGUAAAUGCAUGUGUAAAUACAUCCCAGCUUUACACAAACUGAUAGCAGCUGCGCCGCUGUGUUCUUCCAGGCUCUGGAGAAAGGCCAAAGUCAGAAAGAGAGGACCGUGUCAGCGCUCUACUCCUGCACCAAUAAAGUCCUGCUUUACUUCUUGUCUCAACCACGACAAUCCCACGAGGAAAAGGAAGUGGUCGUCAGGGCGCUGCAGACCUUUAUGGAACGCUGGGAUGUUGUCAUGGCAACCUACAAUUCCAGCGUGAACUUCAUCACAUGCCUCCUUCAUUGUCUGUUACUGAUACGAUCUGGCAGGUAAAAGCAGAACAUGAAGCCACCAAAAAAUAAAGUAUUGAAACUGAAUAUUAACACUGGAUUUUUGUAGCUUUUAACAUCCAUAUUCUUAUUUUGAAGACCAUCUUAUCUCCGUCAUCCUGGUGUGUAAAACAUGACUACUUAAAUUCAUCUGAAUUUGCAGUUUUAAGAAGAAAAAAUUCAGGCGGUCUGAAUACUUUUUCAAGGUGCACACAUAUAUACAGACACAGGGUUGCACUGAUAUUUAUUUCACACGAUCAUACUUUUAUUCCGCAGCUACCCUGAAGGUUUUGGAUUUGCAGCCAAAAAAGUGCACAACAGGCAAACCUCCCCCCACCUGUUUUACACUAAAACCGGCCUUUCUACAAGCCUCAGCAACGGAGGAGACGUUACCACAGGUAUGAGCGCCAGUGUGUGAGAGUUUAUUUACAUCCAAGACUCCCGCCUGAUAUUUUCUUAACUAUUAAAGUCUGUGGAGGUUACCCGGGUCACCAGAGCGUUCUGACGAAAUAUGUGUGUGUGUGUUUCAGAUGACAGAGAGCUAGUGUCCUUGGCUGAGGCCUGCUGGUCGAAGGUCAUGAUGGAGAGGCAACACACACUCGAGGAAACCUGUAAGAUAGAGAUCUCGGCGAGCCCCUCAGCGCAGACAGGGCCUGUCAGCAUGACCGACGUCAGCCCUCUGUGGGAGGAGACGGCGCACAAAGCUUGGCUGCUGCACACAGGUGACCUCUCACUCUAAUAAUAUCUGCUGAAAGAUGAGAUGUUCCGAGUCUCUGCUGUAUGUCUCCAACAUUUACGUGUGUGUUCUCAGAGUCUCAGAAGAAGGAGUUGUCCAGCAGCUCUCAGACAAAGUUUGAUGUGAUCAGCAGUGCGGUCCGCUCAGCUUUGGGCAAAACCGACAAGCCGGCAGUGACAGUCGAGGUAAACACACACACUCACCUUCUUUUAAAGUGAAACUUCUGCUCUGGAAAGGACAGAGAGAUGUGUGUGUGUGUGUGUGUGUGAGUUCAACACCUUUUCCCAGGUGCCUCUGCACUCCAGAGCGCCGUGCCCGAACACUCAUCCCAAAGUCACCACUGUGUUUGUGCUGUGGGCCGUCCAGCCCUGUGGGGGUGUUUGAUUAUUUCUUUAAAUGGAUUUGGAUUAUCACAGCUGAUUGCCCCUGAGUGGCUAUAGUAAUUGAUAUCUGUUAGGCCUAUCCAUGGGAACACUCGCUACAACACACUGUUUGCUGCUGAAGGUUAAAGACGCGUUUAUUGUUGUUUUUCCCCCCGAAACACGUGGCCCACAUCAUUAGUUCCCCCACAACGCUUAAGACGUCGAGCCAUCUGGAGCAGGGAGCGGGGACAUAUUACUCAGGCACACAGGCAUGAAAUUACCGCGUCUGUGUGUCUGUCUCACCCCCCACAAACCGCGCGUAUGCGUGUGUUCUUGUUUGUGUGCGUCUCUCGCCGACAGAAAUCGGGUUGGCAAUUAUAGUAGUACCAAUCUGAUGAAAACAUUAUUCAUUUGAUGUUAUUCUUUAUCAUAUCAGUCUUUGACAGGCUAUCAGAGAAGGUGAUGAAUUGUUUUUCCAUCUGAGAGGCAGAGAAGAAGAGGGAGGGACGUUUGCUGUCUCCCUCCCUCUGCUGCUGCUGAGUGUUGCACCACUUUGCUCUGUGGAAGCAGCAUGCAGAAAAGAUGAUAUUCAAUCAGUAGUGGUCAGCCGGUCUGCUCAUUUUCCAUUCAUCCUCAUGAAGAAACAAGUGACUCAUUAAUUAAUUUCUGGAUCAUCAACUUAUGACCUUUGGUUGGCAAGUCUUGAGCUUGUAUGGAGUCUCUUCUCGGUCACUGGAUCCAUAGUAAUGUAUUUCUGCAGAGCUCUGCUCGUAGUCCCCGAGUCUUUAGAUAUUGACUUUUAUGAAGCAAACUGAGAGUUUUAAAGCCGACUGUAGGUAAUGAAUGAGAAUACAGAGACUGAUAGGCAGACUGUGUCCUCAGUCAAGCUUCAGUGCAAUUCUUCUAGAGAUUUAUUUCAUCAGCGAAUGCAGUUUCCAUAAUCAUAUCUGUGUCCUCAUAUUAGAAAGAUAAUUAACAGCACUAAUGAUCACGUUAAGUUCAUUACACAUUCACUGCCAGCCCAGAAUGAAGUUGACAUUAUGUUGCCUUAUCAUCAAAGGUGGCGUAUUGUUGGGAAGUCAUUAAAAUGGAAAUGAGUGUGAUGUUCUGAUGUUAAUUGCAGAGGGAAGAGAUGAGUUAUGUAUUUAAUGCAGCAUUUAAAAAGCCAAUGAGGUUCCUAUCUGCUAAAUAGGGUAAUUAAUGCUAUAUAUUACUUAUGUUUGUCCAAAUGAAGGAAUGAAAUUAGGAGAUGAUGACGCUGACUUGCUGUUUAUCUGUCGCAACACGGCUCUAGUCGCAAACUUCAUUAUUACUCUCUUUUUUGUCUGUAAUAUUUCUAUAAUCUCCCCUCAAAUUACUCCUUUAUUUCUUUCUCGGCACAACUCCUCAUUUGGAUCGGCAGUCAGUCAUUUAGAGAAACAAAUUUCCAUUCUCCGGAGAGCUUGUCAAAGUUUGUCCUCAACUUUUUUUACGCAUGGGUUUAUGCUGAAACGAUGUCGAAUUUUCCGCAUCUCUUGUGUUACAGAAGUAGCUGUUUUAUUAUUGCACUUGAAAUCAAUUAUUGCCUUCGUGGGGUUACACCACAAAACGCAGAAUUAGCUCGGUAAAUAAGACUGGAUAGUAAGAGUUACUGCAUGUUCAUUCAGUCAAUUAAAUGGCUUUCCUGGGUCAGCUGUGAAGAUGGACACAUGUUGUUUCACUAGUCUCUCAGCGAGCACUGCUGUGAUGAUGGGCUUAAUGAAGCAGUUAACAGUCAGAAUAUGAUCCCAGUGUGUCUGCUCAACACCAGCAUCCUGCAGUGUCAACACGCCUCUGUUUUGGGUUUUUCCAUUUUUUCUUUCCUUUUCUCUUUUUAUUGCCGCACACACACACACAGUCAGACACACACACACACACAAUAAAGGUGCAGACUCUUACCUUGCCCUUGACUGUGGCGUGGCUCAGUGAUAUUAAUGUUUAUGUUAAUUAGAUCACACCAACAAAUGAUUACAUUUCCAGACAGGGUUAUUGUAGGUCUGUAGCCACUAGCUUUAUUUUGCCCAGUGAAUGCAAUUUACAACAGAUGUAAUUGUAUGAAUGCACCGUAAUUGCAUGAGGAAACAACAAUACCAUUAUGAAUCUACAAUCUGCGAACGUGCUGCGUGUUGUGCGCGUACAAUAUGAGUUUAGAGGAGCAGAGAUUGUGCCACUCCAUCUUUUAAUUUGCACCCAUCAUGUUACUUUUGUUUGCUUGUAGGAGUUUCUGUCAUACAUGGAGUCUCAUCGGCAGAGAGGCCACAACGUGUUCGAGAGUAUGAGGACAAACCACUUACAGGUGUGACGGGAAUGUUGUGUUAAAUAUACAUAAGUAAAUCUCGUUCUGAAGCUGAGGUUUGAUCUGUAAUUAUGUUUGUUUCCUCCAUUCUGAUUCUGCCUCCUAGUUACAAGCCAGUGAGUGGGAGCGAGUGAGCUCCAAGUGGCUGCAUGUGGAGUCAGAACUGCUGAGGGAGAGGGCUAUAUUCGGCCCCGGCCCUGGGGUGCUGCUGAGUCGAGAUUGGGUGCAAGAUGCGGCCGAGGGACCAAACCGGACCAGAUUACGCAUCCGCAGAAAAGCUCUGAGGCGAUCCAAGCGGGUAAAGCCCUCCAGUCUAAAGCGGAAAUAUGUGAAACCAAAAGAUCCCGUGUGGUGUGUUCGAGCUUUAAUAGUGCCACACUUUAUACCACCAGGUGCAAGGAACACUGUGUCUGAGUUUGAGGACCGGGAUGUGUGAGGAGAGCAAAAGCAAAACAGAAGGUGACAAAGGUAAAGAAAAGUGUCGCCUGUUGUUUUCUUUAAAUGAACUGGUUUUAGGGUUUUGAACUGUUUAUGAAUCAGGCUGGAAUAUCUGCUGAUGCCUCUUUUAAAAACAAAUGAAGACCAUGAUUGAGACGAUACGUUAUUCCUGCCUAAAAAGGCUGCUGCAGAGUCAGACCAGAUAUUUUAGAGCAGGCUGCAGAAAACUGUCUGUUUUCUUUUCCUUUGUCGAUCCACAUAUUCACAGAGUUUGACUCAAAAUACAGAGCAAAAAAAAACAACAAGAAAGCACGAAGAAAAGCUUAGUAUUAUUGUAUGAUAAUUUAUAAAGAGAAAGAAGCUGUAACGGUGUAGUAUGACCUCCUCCUAAACAUCAAGUUACUCCUUAAUACAUCUCAGUUUUUGGCUGAAUAAAGGUCGAUUAUAUUUUUGACCUGCCCCUCUGCAGCUUUAACACUUAACAACAAUUUCCAUUUUAAAGCAGAAUUUUUACACAUAAUGGUGGGGCAAUGUGUCACGUUGGAGCCAGACGGGCAGAACAGCACUGUGUGUAUAUACAUGCCCCAGAGUGUGUGUGUGCGUGUGCGUGUUGCACUCUCGUUGAACGUGUGUUUUUUUUAGUGUCCCUGGAUCUAAUUAAAAUAAAGGGAGUCCUUUUGGUCCUGGAUUGAGAAUCUUAUAAAAUCAGAGAGCUUUUAAGGUGGUGGGGGUGUCAUAAAAAUAAUGAUGAUAAUAACUUUAGACCCCCAGAAGACGAUGACAUCUCAUCCGAAUAAAAAAAAAGAGAUGAGGGGCCGAGAGAUACAAAUAAACAAACCAAUAGAUAAAUGAAUAAGGCUUGCAAACAAAUGGUUCAAAUCAUUAAUAUAUGAGAGCUUCUAAAUAAAAUGAAAUAAAAAUCAAUACGUUUGUUAAUAUUUCACCUCUUUAAAACAGUUUCACAUUUUGCUGGGAAAAGUAUUAUUAUAAAAUUCUUCUAAACUCCUGUUGAACUUUUUGAAAACAUACUUUCAUUAGAUUAUUGAAAACGGAUGAAGGUGAAGUGGAAGAUGUUUUGUUUUCUUUGUGUCAGAGCUGAAGAUCCUGUGUGAAGUCGGAGCCGAGGCCAAAGAGGACGAAGAGGACGCAGGACAGGAUUGUGACCGCCUGACCUUCUUCCCUGUUCUGAAUGAGACUCCCGCUGCCACGGAGAGUCACCCAGACCCCGAAUCGUGCUCUCAGACAUCAGACUGCGCCAACAUACGCAUCAUUCUGCAGGAGCUGGACCCUGGAGAGGAGGUACUGCCGCUCAGUAGGCCAUGUUGUAUGUUUUGGCUAAAAACAACAUGCCUAAACAUGAGCACAACUUCUCCUUAGCCUGCUAAUAUUCACAAUCAUAAUUAUCUGAUGUAGACUGAGGGAUUCCAACAGCCCAGCGCUGCUAUCAGAAUUUCAUCUUUCCUCAUUAGUGUAAUGUUUUAAUGUGGAGGCCCAGCUCAGCUCCUCUCAUUCUUCCAGUGUGUUAGAAAGCAAGGCGCAUGUUGACAGGGACUCUCAUCGCUCCGGCAACCAGCCGCGGCUUUUAAUGUUUCUGACAGAAGUAUUAAUAAAAACAGUAGGAGGUGAUGCAAGCUGUCUUACAUCCGCUUAGUAAGUGUGUGAUGUGUGCAAGCGCGUCCUGUUGACUUGCAGCGGCUCAGUGUGUGAGUCCUGCUGAGCUUCCUGUCAAAUGAACACAGUCAUUAGCUCUGAAAAAUGCACACACACAUUCGGACUCACACACACACACACUGAAACACACAAAGGGAGACCCACUCAUAAUUAGCUUGCCAGCGCCAAUAGUGUGAUUAUGACAGUAAUGUGUGUGGGGAGAAAUCAAUGGUCUGACAUUAGGCUCUCAGUCAAUAAAAGUCCUCCUUUUCUCUCCUUCUUCCCAUCAUCAGCUAAAUCACCCACAGACUGAUAACGCCUAUCUGUCCAGAGCACAGUAAAAAGAUAAGGAAACAAGUUUAUUGUUAUGUAUUUAAUCUUUGAUAACAAUAAAUUUAACUCGUUUUUUUGACUCUCAUUGUUGGAAACAUUGUGCCUGAUGCCAGUUUGUGUUCAACGAUGGAAGCUGCUGUAAAAUCUGACUAUGAUAUAGCCCCAAUAUAAGAUUUCUGUGCAAUAUAGCUGAGCCUCGCUCGCCUUGACUCCUCUUAAACCCUCUUAUAAGACAAGUGAUAGUAUCCAUCAAAGCGUGACUCUAUGUGUGUAUCCAGACAAGAGGUUCUGAUCACUUAGCAGGUUUCCUAUUGUGUGUGUGGCAGUGAUUAAUUCUCCUAAUAAUGACCAGGCAGAGCCGUCUCGUCCUCCACCAAGAGUGUGACUCCAUAUCUGGGGGUGUGGGGGGGGGUCUGAUUUGAUUAGUAUAAAUUGUGAGGGGCCUCCGGGUAUGUUGAGGCCCCAUAUGGUUUUUGGGUGCCGUGUCCCAGAGGGGCCGACGCAGGGAGACAGCCAGGUGCACACACUUGCUGUGAAAUGAAGGGAGACAAUAGAAUUAGCCACACAUUAUCCCAAUGCAGUUAGCAUUAGCCACGACCUGCGCUGAAAGCGGCAUGUGGGUCCACUUUGGCUGUGGAUGAAACAGGCUGUCACACACACGGCUGAAAAAAAGGAGGGCGGGGUUUUUCUCCUCCUCCCCAUCAAUCAGCUCUGAUAAUGAAGUGUUCAACUGUGUCUUUUUAAUAAUGAUUAGAAUAUGUGAUUAAAAUGAUCAAUCAAGUAAAGCCUGAAGUGCCUGUGACGCUGCCAUGUCAUGUCCCUGGAGAGAAAAGUGCUGAUGUGUGUUGUGCCUCUCACAUAGGGUGUAAUGUAUCUCUCUCUCUCUCUCUCUCUCUCUCUCUCUCUCUGUGUCUCUCUGUAGGUAAAAGCAAAGAUGUGUGUGGUGAUGGUGAGCGGUCUCAGAGUGUCAGAGGCGGUGCUGCUGUUUGGGAAGGAGAGUCUGCUCCUGUGUGAGGGAUUCACUCUCAGUCCUGCUGGAGAUGUUUGUUGCAGGGAACACCAUCCCAGCAGGUAGAGUCAUUACAACAAAACAUGUGUUUUAAUAGGCCUACAUCAGCUCCUUGUUUACAUACACAGCAGAAGUACAUACAGUCUUUAUUUAAGUAACAGAGCAGAGACCAGGCUCUGAAAUGUAGAAGAUAAGGACCCCAGGAAGAGUACUUACUGCGUAUCUUGUUGUAACUAAUGGUGGAUCCAAAAUAAAGCUAAUAAAAUCAAAUGUUGUUGUAGCGCACAGUAAAAGCUGAUCCUUAUAGGUUGUGUCUUUGCAAAGUUAACUUAAUAUAUUUUCAUAACUGGGAAGUUGAAUGAGUGUAAUCUUAACUUUAUUUUAUUUAUUUAUUUGUGUUUUAUAUUUAUUUCAUUUUUAUUUUUUUAAUUUAUAUUCUUAUCUUUCUAAAAUGUAUUUCACUCUUAUCAAAUUGAUGCUCAUGCCAAGGAAUUGUAUUUUUUAUCCGUUAACAUACCAUCAGGCUUCAGAUCAGCUUUGAUUUUAGUAGGACUGCUCUCAAAAAUGCUAAACAAAGUGAAGAAUAAUUCCCCUUAAAUGCAUUUCGCCUUAAAAAAUCAAAAAGGCUUUUGUUAAAAUAUAGAAAGUACAAGUAAAAAUUUGAUGGUUGGCCUUAUAGUUUAAUCCUACCCCCUGUUCACUGAGGCUGCCAGUUUUUGGUUUAACCCCUUUUCUGCACGUCAUCCCCACUCUCUACUCUUUAUCUUAUUUAUCAUGAAGUUCACAGUUGGUUCACAGCUUUGUAUAAAUCUUCUGUCAUCCUCUUUGUUCUUCUUUUUCCCCCGUCAGUGUGAGGGAUUCCUAUAUUUCCUCUAUCCUUAAAAAAGAGCAGCCGUCAGCCAGGUGUCGACACUGGCCCUACGAGGACAUCAAGGAGGCACGCUUCAUGCGUUUCCUGUUAGAGGUCAGAGGCCGUGGAUGAAUAUGCAUCUAAGUGUUAAAAUGUGUUAGCAGAGGGUUCAGUUUGAGUUUAUUUGGAUUAUAAGUGCAUGUAAGAAAUCACAGCAAUAGCGGAGUAAAAAGUCAGGCUUUGAAUUCAAUUAAGUAACAGAAAUUAAUAAACUUUAUCCAUUUAAAAAGAAGCAAUACAGAAUGCCAGUUGUUGUGCCAGUUAAAACUCGCUUUAAAACUGAAUACUUAUUAGAGAAACUGUGAUUAUCUUGAGUUACUGAAGCAGAACUUUGCCUCUCUCUGACUAUCAGGACAACGCCAUCGAGAUCUUCAUGAAAACUGGACACUCAUCCUUCCUGGUGUUUGUGAAUAGAGACCACGUCUCUGCGUAUAAAAGGUAUCACAUGAAUAAAGACUCAGUGUUUUAAAAAUAGUGUUUUAUUUCACAGCGGUCUGACUCAGUUUUUUCCCCCCCUGUAGGUUUUGUAUGAUGGUACCGGCUCUGAAAGGCAGAGGGGUCGCUGAGGUCAUCGCCAAUGCCAGGUGAGUGCAGACAUUUUUCACAGACAUUGGACAACAAUCACAGACUUUCCUUAACUUGUUCAAGAAAUGAAAAAUACACAAAAUAGGUGUGUGAAAGGAAGCGAAAUAAAGACGGUGUAAAUGCGAUUAAAAGGUUGAGGUGCUGGAGGAGAGGAGGUGAUUUUAAACGGUUACUUAAUAUACAGUCCUGCUUAUUAUACCUGCAUGGUUAAUGUCACACAGACGAAGCUUUUUCUUAUAAACUGAUGAGUCAAUCCUCUCUCCUCUGUCUCCAACUUUGCUGUGAUUAGACGCUGACUGUUUAAUUGAAGUGGUUUUAAUAUUUAAUGGUGAACUUUGUCACUUUUUGACAAAUUGAUGACUUGACUUAUCAGCUGGCCCGAGUCAAAAAUGAAACCAGCACCUUUAUAUUCGUUUGUCGGGCUUUUGCUCUACUUUUCUGAUCCUCCACACGUCCUGAUUGAUUGCAGCGACAGAAUUUGGCACCAUGAGACCUUUAAACCUCCUCUUCCUUUUGUCUUCACACACGUCACCAUCUUCUCCUUGUACUCCUACAUGUCCUCCUCCUCCUCCUCCUUCUCCAUCUGAUAUCCUUUCUUUGUGCUCUUUACAUCUUUUAAUGCAUUUCUCGCACAGAAGACUCUCGUGGACCAGAUACAGUGUCUCCUGUGGUUUAGGUUUUUCCUUCUCACUUUCUUCCUGAACAUACGACAGAGGGUUUCUUCUCGUAUUCAGCUUACUGAGGUUGUGUAGCUCCAUCACAAACUUUGGCAGAGUAGUGAAGAGGUUAUCAAACAGACCUAACUCGCUGAGGUUUUUUAGAUCUGCCAUAGAGGACGGCAGCGCGUCAAGCUUGUUCAACCCCAGAUUGAGACUCUUCAGGCUGGUGAGGGAGCCCAGUGUGGAGGGUAGACCUGCAGAAGUGAGGCAGUUGUUGGAGACGUUGAGGUGCGUCAGCCCCAUGAGGUUACCGAUGGACUCGGGCAAAGACUCCAGCUUGUUGCUGUGCAGAUCCAGCCAUCGCAGAGAAAAGAAGCUCCCGAUGUUUUCAGGGAGUUUCUGAAUCAUGUUGCGGCUCAGGUCCAGCUCGUCCACGUUUGUGAGUUUGAAGAGACACUUUGGGAAAGUGAUUAUUCCCAUCUUGCUGAGGGUGAGUCUGCGCCACCCUUCUGGGGUUAUCCUGACCGCUUUUUUGGCGAUCUUCAGGGUCACCUUCGUCCCUUUGGGUCCUUUCCCUUUGGGCAUGGCACUGAAACUCAGAGAGAACACUCAGUUUCAAUUUCUGCUCAGCCUCUUUCUUGUGAUAGUUGCCCCCAAGAGGCUAAUCUCCCACCACACAGUCCUAUAGCUUACAAAUGUGUUGUGUGUAUGUUCAUGUGUAAAUAGGCUGAUGUGAUUUAUUCAAGGGCUUAUGUACGGCCCGGGGCAGUAGUGAAAGCACGCUCUCUGAGGUAUCAGCGCUCGAACUGCGUGUGUGUUUUGUGUGCGUGUGUGUCGCGGUGUUAUGUCUGCACUGGCGUGUGUUCACCCGGUGUUGCCCAUGGGUGUAUUUAAGAGCACGACUCUCUAAUUAAGGCUAAUGCAGGGGAACAAAAGGAGAGGGGCGACAGUGGGUAAUACAGCUGAAACAAAUGAGUGCUGCUUUUCCCUCACCGUUCAACUGAUUGAGCUGUUUGGCUCUUUUCAGGCAAGGACAGUGUGUGUGUGUGUGUGAGUGUGUGUGUGUGUGUGUGUGUGUGUGUGUGUGUGUGUGUGUGUGUGUGUGUGUGUGUGUGUGAGUGAGAUGCAGGUGUGUGGACAGACAUAGAUGUACUGUACAGCGCCAGUGCACAAGAGUCAAAUCAGGACUUUGAUAAAUGAUAGUUAGGAGGUGGAUGGUGUGUGAUGAGGGUUUCGCUUUUGUCCCCUCCUUGUCUAAGAGAGCAAAGUGUGUGUGUGUUUGUUUGUGUCUGUGUUACACCCCAAGGCCCUCUCUCGCCUCAUUCAUCAUCCUCAGGAUGAGAGAGGUUAUCCACCGGUGCUUGUUCCUAUUAUAACCUCCUAUAGAAAACUAUUGCAUGAAAUUAUUGCCUGCAAUUAGAUAACACAUUCUGGGCCAAAUGCAAUGAUUGAUUUAGUGUAGUUUUACAAAGUAAUUUGGUCAGGAGGUAUUGGACAAGGGGAGCAGAUAUUUGUGUUAGAGACUGGAUGCACUUUAGGUGGCCCUCGCUCUCUAAACCAAACAGACAGAGUGACCGAGUUCUUAAAAAUACACAAACGUAGACAAAGUUCAAAUAUUUCCAAGAGGAGAUGUGACCUGCCACACCUUUGAUACGGUUAACUUCACUUUAUUAGUCGCGACAUUGUUUGACUAUAAACUGUCUUUGUCUUAACUGGAGGCUCUUUAGUCCAAUUAUUGUUAAAACAGAAAAAGCUGAAGUAAUUAAAAAAAAAAAAAAAAAAGGUGUCAUGAUUAAAGCUACCAUGAGGAACUUUCCAUUUGUGUCAAUUUUGAUGCUUCUUGUGGACAACACUGUCUUACUUACAUACUUCCAUUAAAAACUCUCAUUCUGCUGACUCUGACAGUCACAUGUGUCAUUUAUAGCGAAUAUUUUACGUAUAAACUCCACAAACAGGGUUUUUCAAAUAACAAAUACUUUUAAAGUUAAAUUUAUGUAUUAUUAUCCGACGUCUUCUGCGGAUAUAAAUGAUUUCUGCCGACCUUGCAAAGUCAACUGCAGAAUUAACGGCGUUCUGAAUGAACGGCGCUUUGAAAAGUCCCGCAGCAUGUGUUAGACGUCACCAUCUCCACAUGGACCAAUCAGGGGCUGCCUUUCCCCGUUGUCAGGGGAACAGUGGAAACACAGUCACUGAUCGGCCCGGUUAUUUUCUGAUCACUAAUACACGCUCCCAAUGGGCCGAAGUCCAGACUGUUGUGGGAAGGAGCGGCAAGUGAUUCACACAACAGGAUGGCCCAGCCAGUCUACAGACCUGGCUCUUCUAACCAGUUACCAGAUCAGCCGAGUAAAAAGGCUUAAACUACAUAAAUAGUUAUUACGUUUCAGAUUAAACUUUUCCAGAUUUAAAACAUAAAGAUUUGUACUUACUGUACUUUAGCUUUUUUCCUCCCGUAAAGUUGAUGUGAAACAGGUGAAAAUCAUCAGCUCCAGAGAAAUCCCAGCAGCUUUAGUGUCAGUACGCUGGUCAUCUAGAUUUAAAGCCUCUCACCUUUGAGUCAGUAAAAAACAUCAUCACUGUUUCACAUUUCAGCAAAGCGACAAAACAGAAAACAUCGAGAAUCACAUUUGUAAAGCAGAAGUUGCACUUAAAAAAAUACCCGGUAAUCCUGUUUUGUGAAAUAGGAUGAAGUAAAAAAAGAGAUCAGGAACCCUCUGUUUCUGUAGAUCAACAUUUCCCUGGCCUCCUACAACAAACAGUUAAAGUCAAGGUUCUUGUUUAAUGGUGUUUCUUAGCAACCAGGGUGCUUGGCGCCAGGACUUUAUUACCGUGUUACUGCCACAGAGGGGGAAGAGAUUUCAGGAGCAGUUUAUGCUUUCCUAACGCAGAUGAAACAAGUUUAUGUAGAUGUUAAGAUAAUUUUUAAAUUAUCAGAGUAAUUAGGAAACAUUGAGCCGAAUUUUUGACAGGUCUGGAUAUUUUGUGUAUUUACACAAAAAUUCUGUCGUAUUAAAGCUCCUGUGGGGGAUUUUUAUCUAGUUAUGGAACAGACUGAAAACAAGACUGAUGUCUUUUUAUGACCUACAUAGAGACCUACAAAAGAGAGCAUCAUCAGGAAGACUGGUUAUUUUAUAUUCCAUAAAUAAUAAUACCUUAAACUACUGUCAUGUCACGGGGGAGGUGUCAGACGAGGAAAUAUUAUCAGCAUGCUGCAGUAACAGCCUUUUUUAAAACAACUUUAAAGAUUUGAUAGAUAGAUAGAUAGAUAGAUAGAUAGAUAGAUAGAUAGAUAGAUAGAUAGAUAGAUGUCCUGUCUUUUCUAUACAGUUCCCCCUACAUCAACACAAACCAAAAGAUCCUCACUGAAGCUUUAAUUACACCUCAGGUAUUUUGAUUCGGUUGCUUCUUUUGGAGGGAUUGAAAGCUGACUUUACAAAAUUCUUUGAGAAAACCAAAAAAAAAAAAAAAAACUACAGGAAAAGAAGGAAGCAGAAGUGAGGAGUAAUUAUCCCCAUCUUUAAAGUCACUUAAAAACUCACUAUGGACAUAAAACGUUUCUUCCUUUAGUUAAAAAGCUCAUUUUGAAACUUUUUUGUUCAGUCUUAAUUGACAGAUCAGUUUAAAGAACUUUAUUUACUCAUCUGAGGACAGUUAGUUUGGAGUGACUUAAAAGACGAAUAAACACAAAUGUGCACACAACUUUAAAUUAGACACAAGACCAUAACGAAACUGAAUCAAACAUAAAGAGAAGUCUCAAUAAAGCAUGAAAGAAUAAGUUUUAACAAGCGCGCUAAAAGUCCUCUGAAAAAGUAAAACAAAAAGUUUUAUCCCAUCUAAUCUAAAAAUACUGCUCAGACUGUUUCUGUCUUUUACUGUGAGGCUGUAAAACCUGCAGAUAAAGACAAAAAUUAUUUGAAAAGGUCUGAUAAAAACAACAGAGGAGUGUUGGAGUGACUGAAAGGAAUCCAGCGUUACCUUGAGUUUGUUUUUUCACAGCCUGAAUUUGGGACCGUGUGCGACUUCCUCCACCUCUCUCCUCACUCUCUGAGCGUCAUGCUGAAGCUCACCUCAGUCCCGUAACUGCUCUCACAGCUGUGUACACACAAUCUCCGCUCCCCUCACUCACUUCCUGCUCCUGAAACUAUGUUGUGUUACAUUUCAACACCGGUUACUAGGCAACAGGAGAGGCAAAAAAACUUUGUGUUGCUAGGCACUGCUCAGUGAUCAGCCUGUGAUGCUAAUUCAAGUUUUUUUUUUAUGUGUUUUAGGAAGACUCCAGUGGUUGAAAAGACAGCUCUUGUUAAAUGGCAGGUAAUGCAUUAAAAACAGUUCUCUACAUGUUUGAUUUUUUUCUGUUUCUGCUCACAGAUUUACUCCUAACUCCUUUGGCAUUAACAUUUAUAAUCCAAAGUAACUGUAUUUUCUGGACUAUAAAUCGCUCCGGAGUAUAAGUCGCACCAGCCAAAAAAUGCAUCAUGAAGAAGAAAAAACAUAUACUGGUAUAAGUCGCAUUUUUGGGGGAAAUUUAUUUUACAAAAUCCAAGACCAAGUUAUAUAUGAAAUCAUAUAUUUAAAUAUAUUUAAGUGGCACCUGAGUAUAAGUCGCAAACCCAGCCAAACUGUGAAAAAAAGUGCGACUUAUAGUCCAGAAAAUACAGUAACCGUUAAGAUUAAAAUAAAAAUGUUAUUAUCAUUACCAUUUUGUUGUUAACUGUGUUUUUAAUUGUAAUCUCCAAAAUAUUCCCUUCAGAGAGGGGAAAUCAGUAACUUUGAGUACUUGAUGCAUCUGAACACCAUUGCUGGGAGGACGUACAAUGACCUGAUGCAGUACCCGGUCUUUCCUUGGGUCAUAGCCGACUACCAGUCAGAGGUAACAUCACACUCACGGUCAUGUUUAUUUGUCUGGAGGCUAACUGAGCCAGUAAAAACAUUACACGUUACAUUUAUCAUCUCUGUCCUUGAUGAUAGACACUCGAUCUGUCAAAUCCUGCAACUUUCCGUGACCUCUCGAAACCAAUGGGAGCUCAGACGGAGAAAAGGAAACAAAUGUUCAUCCAGAGAUAUGAAGAAGUGGAGAACACUGAGGGUGAGGGUGUGUUUGUUUUUCCACCUCUUUACACUUUUCUCUUAUUUUCUUCUUCAGCUUUUCUGUUUACUUUUCUUUUUAACUACUUCUACCCUGCAGAAGAUUUGUCAGCACGUUGCCACUACUGCACCCACUACUCCUCUGCCAUCAUAGUGGCCUCCUUCCUGGUCAGGAUGGAGCCGUUUUCUCACACUUUUCAGACACUGCAGGUGAGACAGUGGACACAAGACAUUGCAGGAGUACAGUAACGUUAAUAUAGAUAAUAAGAAUGACGAUGAUUAGUCAUUCUUAUUUCAUUACAGUAAUAAGAUGAUGUGAGAUACUCAUCUGUUGCUCACCUUUAAUAGACCGUCAGAAAAAUAAUCUCAGGUAUAAAAGCGCUGUAUUAAAUCUUUCUCUAUCAUAAAGAAUAUAGGAGUAAAGAACAUAAGACUUCUGUGCAUCAGGGUUUACAUCAAGUUUGUCUUAAUUUUCCUAAACAAAGAAAGAAAUUUUCAUUUACUUUCCGCUAACUCAGAUCUUUCUGCAAAGCCAGCUGUCCAUCAACACCCAGAACUUCAUCAUUAUUUAUGUUUUAAACAGAUAACUGUGCUAAUGAUUUAACUCCAGUAUGAGCUCUUCUCUGCUCUCUGGUUGGUCUGUUUCAAGGCUUGUUUUUGUACAAAAAUGAAUCACAGAAAAAAUUUCAAUAUAUAUGCAAAUAAUUACAGAAUGCACCGAAAAGGAGCCAAUGCAAAUAGCCACAGAUUUACCAAUUUACAAUACAGCAUCCAAUUGAUUAUAAUGAAAAGGCAUGCAUAUUUGAUAGUCAGAAUAAAGCAAUAAAGAUGUUAGUCUGGUGAAUUACAGCGCCUUUUUUAUCUUUGAAGCGCGUAACAGCUGUGUAGUAAUAUCCAUAACUGGAUUUACAUCUCUAACUGAGUUUACCUCUAUAUAUGCUAUUUUCAUUCAUUGAGGUAAUUGUUUUACUCUAAAUUACAUUCUCUCUCAUGAGGUUUCCAUCAUAGAUUAUGGGAUUUUAAGAAAGAUGAAAAGCUUCCCUCAAGUAGCAGCAAAUAUUUCCUGCUUACAUAAUACAAUGAAGAAUAUAAAAUAUGGCUCACUACACUGAAUCAGGCAGACUACUUUAUUAAUAUGCCCGUCGCAAACUUUGCUCCAGCGCUGUGCCGAGAGUCUGACAGUGUUGUGUCUCCACGCAGGGCGGGUUCGACAUCCCAGAGCGGAUGUUUUACAGCAUAAAGAAGGAGUGGGAAUCCGCCUCCAGAGACAAUAUGAGCGACGUCAGAGAGUUGAUCCCCGAGUUUUUCUACCUGCCCGACUUCCUGCUCAACUCCAACCACAUCCAGCUGGGUCAGCCACAAAAUCAUCUCCUUUUAAUCGAAAUGAAAGACUGACAGUUUGAAUUUCCUAUAAAAAAAAAAAAACCUUUGUGAAAGUUCAAAGGGUAUUCUUCCAGUAAAGCAAUUUUUACUGCUGCAAAUGUUUUCCUUGUAAAACUCUCUGGGGGGAAAUUCUCUGAGAAUGGAAUGCAGCCGCUAAUAGCAACAAGAAUCGUGCAUCAAUUUAACCCCGCUACCUGCUCCGUCUCAAAGUCUAAUUCAGAAAGCUAAUUGUGCUAACGGUAACACCCGCAAAAGUUCUGCAGCUCUGUGCAGUUCGCUGUAGUUUUACAUUUGAUGAUGACCGUUAUCUAUGUGUAUCCCUCCUCUGCUAAAUUCUCUCCACAUGCAUGAUGAGCUGAACGGGGUGAGGAAGCUGUAAUUGGAAAGAAAAAAAAACAGUGUAUCGUUAAAGUUCUUUGGAAGCUGUCACAGUGAAUCAAAGUGACCAAUCCGUGUGCAUGAAUGUCUCUGCAGGCUGUAUGGAGGAUGGAACCCCUCUGGGAGAUGUGGAGCUGCCUCCAUGGGCAAAAGGUGACCCCCAGGAGUUCAUUAGAGUCCAUCGAGAGGUCAGUGACACCAGCUUCACUGUUACAGCCUGCACGUUUUACACCGUCUUUUCCCAUAUGGCCCAAUAAUAUAUGUUUUUUUAUCAAUACUCACUUACAGAAGAUGCACUGUUCAAGUAUUGUAAACAAGUGUCCACUGUAAUUGUGGCACAGUGUUGGUUGCACUCUGCUCCGUUGUCUCCAUUCUUUCUUCCACAGUAUGAGAGACAGAUCUUAUUCACAGCAAUCGCCGUCUUAUGAUGAUUUUUCCCAAAGGCCUCCUUGUCCCGUUUAGUCUGGUUGCUUUUUUUACUCGCAGUUUCAUAGACAAUGGCCAGUUUCUUUUUCUUAUCAAAGAAAUGCUGAAAAGGCAUUCAUCUUCACACGUGUCAUUCACAAGCCCAUUUAGUGCGACUCGAGGCAGUACAAGAGUCUUUCUCGUUAUGUCUUCAUAUCUUUCUUUUCCACUGAAUAUUCACUCUUUUCUCAGCUCCUUCUCCUCUUUCUCUGUAAGUGAUUAUUUUAUACCCCUCUGCUUUUCCUGGUGGUCUGAUAUCAUCAGCGUGACCCUCCUUUUUUCAUUCCUCAGGCAUCUAAGAUAGUUAUCACUCUGUAAUCUACUGAACUACUCAUAUUGCCCACCACCCUCAUAAAAUUAGUGACUUUAGAGGAUUGUUUUUUUCCUCCAUAGACAAAUUAACUCAGGACAAUAUAUCCUGGUUAUGAUGUUUUUUUCGCUGUUUUUGGUUUUCUGAUAUUCCAGGAUGGGUUUAUUAUCACUGGGUGCAGGGAUACACAUGCUGGUCAUAAUGCCCACUUUUCCUUAUUAACUCUUCAAAACCAAUCUCUUGCUAAUUCUUCCCAAAUUAUUCUUUAAUCCGAACAUGGAUAUACGCUCAUAACCAAGCUGUGUAGCUCUCUGCAAAUUGACUUUUGGAAGAAAUCAUACUCUACCUGAAUAAUCGGAUUGGUUGUGCAUCCUGGUAGAAGUUUCUCGUGUUUCUUAACUCUUUUAUUAACAGUUUGACUGAUGGUUCUGGUCCCUCUGUAAUAACACUGCUCACUGCUGUAUUUCAAGACUGCUCAGUGCAGGUGUAGUAGUUUUGUAAUAUUGACUCUGUGGUCUUAGUUUGUGCGACAAUUUCUUUCACUGUUUCCCCAAGGCCUUGGAAAGUGACUAUGUGAGCUCCCACCUCCACCUGUGGAUCGACCUGAUUUUCGGGUACCGGCAACAAGGCCCCGCUGCUGUGGAGAGUGUGAACACAUACCAUCCUUACUUUUACGCUCAGAGCGGCAGGAAGGAUGUCAAAGAUCCCAUCAUCAAGAGCACAAUCCUGGGAUACGUCAGCAACUUUGGUCAGGUUCCCAAACAGGUAAAAACAAAAAGUGAAAAAAUGCAUUUAAAGGGAUAUUCCGGCGUAAAAUUAAUUUAGGGUCAAACACACCGUAACACUGAGUUAGACACCCCCUCCAGAGAUGAAUGUUGCCGACCACUUGCUUCACUAGUUAUACCAACUUUAGUAACGACCGCAGAUAGCAAUACAGAACCCCACGCGAUCAACCAAAACGCCACUCUAUUGCCACAAAUAAUGCUCAGAACAGCACCUAACUUCAUCAACAGGACAUAUAGGGUCCCAGCCAUAGUACUAGUACCAAACAUCUUUUUAACUUUGUCUAAUUUCUUUAGCAAAGAGACUAAACACAACUCACCUACUCUCUUCCAGCAGCCUAACUCGGGGUAACGGUGUGUUUGACCCUAAUUUAAUUUUAAACUGGAAUAUCCCUUUAAGUUUGCCAUUUACUCUAUUUUGAAAAAUCCUUCAAAAUGUUCCUGUGAUUUUUUGCACAGCUCUUCACCAAGCCACAUCCAACCCGCAGUUGCUCUAGGAAAGAUACAGGAGCGCAGUAUCCAACUCCAUUUUUCUUCAAACUGGAUAAAAUGAGGACCACAGCUCAGCCGUUCAGAGGUACAGCGAACUCAAAAAGCUCAUCUCAACCAAAAUCUUUAAUUUUUCUGUUUAAAUUCUGGGAGUUUUAUUCUCUUUUAAGAAAUAUUAGAUGCCAAGUAAGAAGGGCAGAGCCACCCCUGGCCAACCCUUUGGACACACCCCUGGUAGCUUUAUGCUCUGGGAGGUCUCUCCUCUCACUGCACACUCUGCAGUAUUUAGAUGUAACAAGAUGGAUGUGAAUACUCGCCCAUUGACUGUGAGUGGUGAGCAGCUGUGACUCUGCAGCCGGUUACUCAUCAGUAGGCCUGUGUGGAAAAUGUUGGUACAAAAUUAAAGCAAAUCAUAACAAAGCCAUUUAACAACAGAGAUUUCCAAAACAUCUGAAUCAACAGCUAUUUCCUGCUGAGUAAAGCAAAUCAGAUCAGUUAUUUUCAUCUGCACGUGGCACUGAUUUGCAUUGAACCCCCUUUUUAAUGUAUUGCACAAUCUUUGGUGUCAAUUAUUAUCUACAUGAUGUUUGUAGGUCUAAAGGGAAUCAUUGAAACAGAGCGAGCGUGUCCAUAGAUUAAUUUACACUAUGGAAGGUGGAAGGCGCUAUCUGUUAGAGCCACGAUACGGAGAUGACUCUUCCGCUGAGCCCUACUUAAUAAUCUGAAUAUCCCUACAGGCCCACUGAGGGAGAGGAGAUGAAACUGUGAAUGCUCGGGGAGAGAUUCCUGCAAAUUACAUUUCAUAUUAAAUCUUAGAGUGUCUGAUCUGAUCAAUAAGCAGAUAGAGAUGAAUAGGGGGGAGAAUUUCUACGACCAAUGCAGACACAAAUUCUUUCAGGGGACAGACUAUAGGAUGUAACGAUUUCUGCCUGUUCCUGCAUGAAUAGGUCAAUUAAAGGCACAAUUACAGCCUCUCUUCAGGCUCUCAUGCAGACUCUGUGCUGUCCGGGAUGCAGGUUUCCCCCUCGGACAGAGCCUCGGCUCUCUGUAUCCUGGGAAUAGCUGUUUUAAUUGCCUUUUUUAUGGUCAGUUUAAUGAAAUUCUUUACUAGUUUACAGAGCAACCAAACUCUUUAAUGUGACACUUUUGAAGAGCUAUUACCUUGAUUUUUCCGUGCAAGCUUAUUCAGGUGUAAACAAAAGGCAGAAUGAGGUCACACCGCAGCUCUAACUUUUUGGGUGCACAUGGCGAAACAAUCUUCUUUCAAACUUUUCACGUGUAUAAUCGCACUCUCAGUCACGAUGUGUGUUUCUCUGCAGAGCUGCCGAGAGGCCCUGUAGGUCAAAUACUGUGUCUGGAAAAAGAAGUUGUGGUCCUGGAGAGAAACCACCUCCUCCUGUCAGCCCAGUCAGGCUGCUCCUUCAGCUGGGGCUUCCCUGACAACAGCUGUGCAUUUGGAAACUACACCACAGAAAAGGUCUGUUUAUCAGUCAGCGCAUUUUUUUUUGUUUGUGUUAUUUCAGCAUCUUCAAGCUCCACCAAGUCAUAUGAACUGAAGUUAAAUGUAAGAAUACACAAAUCCUGCAGAGGCUGACCAUGUAUGACCGUAAAGAAUAGAUUUGUUUUCUGUAAAUAAAAAUCUUUUAGUUAUUUGAAAAUACAGUAUUAAACAGACACAUUUUACUUCAUUUUUUGUAGUAGAUGAUGGUGCUCAGUUUCAGUAUUUUACAUGUUUAAUACAGAUUUAAAAACAUACUUGGGAUCCAUAUGUGUUUUAUUCGAGCCACAUGUAACUUUAUCUCAUCAGUGUUAUGUGUCUUUCUCUUUCUUUCCAAGGUGCUCUGUUUAUCUUUUGUCUUUGCAUAAUCUUGUUUUUUUAUGUUUAGUUCAGUCAUUUUAACUGUUGUAUGCACAAAUUAAACAAUGCAAAAAUGAUGAUAUAAUUAGGCUAAAAGAUAGAGAAAGUAAAAAAAGAUAAUUAAACAGAGUAAAGCAGACUUUUUAGCCACCAUCAGGCUUUGCUCAUCCCACAAAAAAAAGAUAUCAAAUAUGCCAGAAUGUUAGAAAAAAAACAUCCAUGAACUCACUUGGUUAUUUUUUACAUAAUACAUAUGUAACACUAAUUUGGACCAUGUAUAUUUGCAUCAGAAAUUCUGGUCCUUAAGGAGCCCGAGGUGUGGGUGAAGGAUACACAGACAAAGAUAUGUUUUUUUUAUGUUUUGUAUUUCAAUAAUAUUUUAACAGGAUGAACAAAAAAAUGAAAACAAAACAAUUAUUGCAACUGAAAGGUGGUUGAGAUUUUGUCCAGGAGACAAAAAACUGCUUGUAACCAAUUCCAACCUAGUAUCAAGAAUAAACAAAAACACCACACAAUCCAAAGUUUGUCUGUUCCUGAGUAAAAGCAGGAACCCCUAUAGGUGGUUCUAAUCCUACCACACUCUCUGGGGUUAGCUCGCCAUCUGGUUAAGCUGGUUGUUGAAAUUUAUAGUUGUGAUGAGGGUGAAGUUGAUAGUGAUGAUGUACAGUCCGAUACAAAAACCUGACCUAAAAAAGGCCAAAACAUAAAUAAAUAUCAAAAUGAUAUGAUGACAGUCUGGUAUAUUUUUACUCCAUUCUCCAGACCUUCGCUGUGUGUGAGAGUCUGUGUGACUGGGGAGAGAUGUUGUGCGCCGCCUGCCCCAACCCAACGACCAUCAUCACUGCAGGAACCAGCGGUGUGGUGUGCAUGUGGGACGUAGACGUCAACAAGGAUAAACUCACCUACAUGAGACUGCGACAGGUUAGUUUGUCAGUUUGUCUCCAUGUGUGAAACAGAAGCAUCCUCAGUGUGUUUGCACACGCUCAGAUCAGCCGUAUUUUUUUCCUCAGCCACUAUACGGUCACACAGAUGCGGUGACGUGUCUGGCUGUGUCUGAAGUCCACAGUCUGAUUGUCAGCGGCUCACAUGACCUCACCUGUAUCCUGUGGGACAUAGAGGAGUUAAGCUACGUCACUCAGCUCGCAGGACACACAGGCAGCAUCUCUGCACUGGCUAUCAAUGACCUCACUGUGAGUUCAGCGUCAUGACUCUCUUCUUUCCUCUUCUCCUUUGCUAUCUUUCAUCUCUUCUCAUUCUGUCACGAUGUUUCCUUUAGUUCAGGACACGGCAUGAGGAAGGGUGGACUCUCAUUGUUGACAGCGUUCAUGUCCACUUUAUGUAUGUUCCCAAUUCACACACACACAGAGGCAUCAACAUUGUUUUACUCUGUCCAAGGGUGAGAUUGCAUCAUGCGCGGGGCCUGCGCUCUACCUGUGGACCAUGAAGGGUCAGCUGUUGACCUGCACCGACACUUCCUGUGGGCCUCAGCCAGACAUCCUGUGUGUCAGCUUCACACAGCGGCACGAGUGGGACACCAGGAACGUUAUCAUCACUGGCUGUGCAGACGGCAUCAUACGUGUAGGUUUUUAUUCAUAUAUGUGAGACUACAUCUGUCUUUAGAGUCUUUGUAGGCCUAAUAGAUGAGAAGGAGAGGUUGCUUUGUUUUCAUACAGCACACUGCAUUGUAUUCAAAUGCAGCUGUCAUUACUUUAGUAUUGGCCUCGCAGGUAGCAGCUUGGAUGUCCAUCGAGGUAAUAAUAACAGCAUAUGGGUUGUGUGUGUGGUGUUUGAAUUCAUAUCAGCAUAUGUUGCCUCUCUGCAAUCAAAGCUGCAGACUCUAAAUUGGGCUUCACUCGGGAGUGGAUGUCCAUGACACAUGCGCAACGCACACACUCAUAAUGGUGUUAUUACUUUAUUAUUACCGUGAGUUGGAAUGUGUGUGUGUGUGUGCGCUUGUGAGCAUGUUUGUUAUUAUGUUGAAUUAUGUCUGAUUUUGCUACUCGUUAUGUGUCUCUCACACAGAUAUGGAAGACAGAGUACACAAGAACACAAUUACCUGGCCCUCCAGAAGUGCCUGUGUCCCCAGGGCAAGACCGAGCGGAGAGAGACGGUAAUGUUACAGGCAGUAGGACAGGAUAUGCAUAUAGGCACUGUUUUUUAAACAAUCCGAUGAUGGGAGUGGGUGACAGUAACAAAGCAGUAAAACUGGCGGCAUUAAAAGAAAUGAUUCUCGUUUUUUUGUUGUUCAAAAAGGACUCAUUCACCGUCUAAUUAGAUAAAUCCUUAAGUGCGGGAUGAUUAUUUUUAACCGCUCAUCUCAGAGCAAGACAGCGUGGUUUCCAGAUGAGAGCUUGUAAUGCUUACCCCAUCCCUCACUAGCAUUAGGGCUAGCAGGAAUUAUGUUGUUAUAAAGUUAUUAAACAUAGAGGCAGUAAACACUGAUGAGUAAUUCUGCUGACGUGUGUGUGCUUGUAUAAUUUAGAAAGCAAUAAUACCCAGAUCCAAUUUGGCAUACGUUGGUUACAGCCUCGCGUCACCUCAUAGGAGUAUUAUGCUGGGGAAAUUACAUUGAGACAAGUCUUUGCGUAACACUGGAGCGGUUUGAUUCGAGGGAUUUUUCUCCUUUCAACAGACUCCUGACCACAGAUGAACACAGAGUUAAUACAGACUUUAAUUUUUGGUGGGGUAUCAGACUAUCAGACUGUGUGGACAUCCAUCCUGUGAGUCCGUCAUUAAUUUAUCCUCAUGUUGUUUUUCACAGCGAGCAGCUCAUGCCAGGAUGGAGGCUGGGAGAGGCAUCUGGUGUUGUGUGAAAGGCUGAACAGAAACCAGCCUACAUCACAAAGACGCUACAAGAAAAAUCCAGCCAUCACUGCGCUGGCAAUGUCCAGGUACAGUCCUUAUUAUUAACAUACUCAUAGAAAAUUACAAAUGUGUAUAAAAAUCGAAUUUAAAUCAUAUUUAGAAUUUAAUUUCAAGGCUAAAACACCUCUAACUCUUCUUUAUCUUAUCUGAGUCACAUUAUUUGUGCAUUAUUAUGUUCUUUACCUGACAUCUACAUCUGACUCGUCUGUGUAGGAGUCAUGCCACUCUGCUCGCAGGAGAUGCCUGGGGCCGAGUUUUUACCUGGACCUGUGAGUGAGAGGUGGCGCACUCCGAUUACAAUCAUGCCUCCAGACAAACAUCUCUGCACACACUUUAUUUUCCCUCCAGACUCUGACAGGAAAUCCAUCAGUGUCUCAGGUUUGACUCCAGAAGGGCGCUGAGAUUUCUGCAUGUCACUUCAGGUCUAUGUGUGCGAUCGGAGUGGACUGUGUUACAUUUUUUGUCUCAGACGGUGUAGAAUACUUUACCUCCUAUUUAAUUCUGUAUUUUUCUCUGUAAAUAAUGAACAAAUGCAAGAAAUGGAUUAAACUACUGACAGUCAUUUUCCUAAAUCUG